CAUGGAAGUAGGUGGACCGAGGAACAAAUAACUUCAUUUAGAUAAAUUGAAUAGCUUGGUAGUAAUGUAUGAUAGAAGAAGGUUUUUGACAUUAAAUUCAGUAGACCAGCAUAAUAUACAUAUUUUAAAGAAAAAUAUAGUCAAAUAAAAAUGAAGCACACUGUAGAUUUCAAAGAAUGUCUGAAAGACUCCCCCAAAUUUCGGUAAGUUAAAACAAAAAUUAUAAAUAAAAGAAUUAAGAAUAGCCUACUAAAGUCUAAAACUAUUUACUAAAUGGGCCCUUAUUUUUAAUCAUAAUAUAAUAUUAUUAGACCUACUUAUAACAAGCCUGCAUAAUGCAAAAUAUGCCUUGCUGCUCAGUGGGGUAGGGAAGAUCCAAUGUAAAUGUAACUGUUUUGGAUGUUUUUAAUCCUCCCUACAUUCAGGAUUGAUUCAGUCAGAUUCAGUGACAUUUCAUGAUUUCAUUCAUACGAGUAUUCUGUUCCACAAAGAAAUAGUUUAUAAAUAACAUAUUGUUAGUUUACUACCAAUAGUAGCCAAUAGCUUUGGUCACUUUUGUGGUGAGCUACGUGUAGUGACUACAAAUAAAUAGCUUCUAGAAACUUUAGAAAGCUAUUGAAUUUCCAUUGGUUAUUGGAUGAUUGGUAUUCCAGGCAAUCAAACCAAAACCGGAACUUUAAAAACCAGCUUUCAGUCACGCUGGUGAAGUAUUAGCAUUGUGCCGUUCCUUUAUUACUAGUUUUACUUGUAACAACACCUCAGCUCGAUAAUGAAUCCUGAAAGAAGUUUAGCUUUAAAUUGCUAUUUUAAUACUUUCAAAGAUUUGGAAAAUGCCAUCAAAGAUCUAGAAGUAGAAGAGUUUCAAAAAAGCUGUCUUAAUGAAAAAGAUCUAUAGAAUUAUAAUUUAUAAUAUAGUCCUAUUUUAAAUAGUAAUAUGUGCACAUCUGAAAAAUAAAAUCCACCUGAGGCUAAGAAACAAUUUUUAUUGUAAAAAUUUUGUGUGCUAAUUAUCAUGAUUAAAUAUAUUAAUUAUAAUAUAGGCCUAAAUAUUUCUAUAAUUAAUAAUAGUUUUACUGCACACAAAGUGUACAUAUAAAAAAAAAAUAUCUUGUUACUUUAUUUAAAUGAAAUGGUCUAAAUGGUAUAAUAACAUGAUUAGGCUUAAAGAUGACAACAGAAGCUUUGGCCAACUUCUGUUUAGGAACAUGGUUACGUGAUUUCCCCCCCCCCCCCCCACCAUUUAUUUAAAUGAAAUGGUCUAAAUGGUAUAAUAACAUGAUUAGGCUUAAAGAUGACAACAGAAGCUUUGGCCAACUUCUGUUUAGGAACAUGGUUACGUGAUUUCCCCCCCCCCCAACCCUGGUUAUUGAUUUUCUGGUGGGAGAUAGGCCUUCUGAUUAUUAUUUACACAAAUGAGCACUCUUUAACUUAUAAAGGCAUUGAUAUUUUUGUCCUAUUAAAAAAAUUAAUUACGUAAAUUGUUCAUCUAUAAAAUUAAUUUAACGUCUACGAAUCGCUAUUUACUAUUUAUUUUUUAAUUCUACGUGUAGAAUCAAUAUUUUUAAUGGCUCAGAAUCGGAUGAAAAUAUAAGCUGCCAUACAUACAAAAAUAAAAACAAAGAAAAAUUAGUUUAUUAUGUCUUGAAAAUCCAAUUGGGGGUGAAUUUAUGAGACUAGACUAGACACAAAAAAUAAAUUUUGAAGUGUACCACUAUCAGACAGCUUCUAAGCAAGAAGUCGGAAUUUCACAAACCUACUUAAGAGUGAUUUCAGUGAUGUAAAAAAAAAAAUCAAGAUAACUAAUAACUAGUCUUACUGCACUACAUCAAUCUGUCACCAAUUAUUAGUUUUUGGUAGUAAACUACCAAUAGCUGCCUAGAAGCUAUCGGUAGUUUACUACUAUUAGCCAUAGCCUUCAUAAAAGUAAGUUAAAUAACAUUUAAUGACAUUUUAAAAUUUGUUUGAUUUGCAUUUCAUUUGGGUUUUUUCCUUUGUUUCUUUUAAAUAACAUUUAAAUUUAAGAGUUCUUUUUCCUUUAAAAUGUAUUGAUUUUUCACUUUCUUCAAUGAAUUUUUAAAUGUAUGUUAAUAUUAUAAUUUUUAUGCACCUCAAGAUUCAUAAAACAUCUUUUUUAAAAUGUUUUUGAUUAAAAAAAAUACAUUCUCAUUAUUUUACUUUUAUCCAUUUGUCUUAGUAAGUUUGCCAAAGAACACUUUCUCAACCCCCUCUUCUUUUGAUGAUACUUUUUUGACACAACUGCUAAUUUUUUAUUUUUGUCUUGAAAGUUGAGUCUGCACUCCCUAGAAAAUUAUGGCGACAUAUGACAUGAUAGAAAUAAAUAGCAUACAUGUACUUCUGUUUUCAACCAAUCAAAAGACAUCACUUUUAAUAUUACGCACACCUUUUAAUAUGUGUUAUGCUUGGGAUAUCAGCAAGGAUGACUUGCUUUUCAAACAUUUCGUUUCAACCAUGAAACUUGAAUUUAAACAAAAAAAAACAGCUGAACUUGUCUUUUUAAUUUAAAUCAUAUUGAUUGUAUCGAUUUUUGGAUUUAGUUUGUGAUGCAAAUAAUGCUCAGUGAAGAACAGGAAAGUUAUAGGCAUCGUUCAGCUCCAGCUAUUGGUCUAUUCACCCUAAGUCCAGUGUUGCGAUUCCCCAAAGGGAUUUCUCUGCGCUUAGGGUGAGACAACUCUUGGCAAAACCCAUGCCACUAACUACACCUUUACCUAAUUUGUCUCCUACAAAUCUUAGGUCACAGUCAGUUAGUCACAUCCCCUGCCUGUCAUGCCUAUGGGGUUAUGUUAACAGAGAUGGAAAAAUGAUUCUAAUCAAAAUAUUCAAUUUCACUUUUCAUUCUGUUUUUAUUUUAUUCCCAAUUUUUUUUUUUUUCAGAGCAUCACUUGAAGAUGCAGAGAAUGACAUAGAGGCUCUUGAAAUUAGGCUUGACAGAGUAAGUCUUUAAAUUUAAAAAUAAAUUGCAUAAUAAAAAAAAAAUUGUCAAUUGCCUACUGUGUCAAGAAAUUUGUUAAAAUGUGCCAACUAUGUUAAAAAAUUUUUUUAUAUUUACAUACUAUGACCAGAGAAAUUUGGACAUUGAAGUUACAUCUAUAAAAUAGUUUAUUUUCUCCAAAGAUGGGAAAUACAAUAUAUUUUUUGCUUUAUUCUGGGAAAUACAAUAUAUUUUUUUAGCUUUAAUCUGUCAUUCAGAUUAACACUCAUAGAAUCUACAGACUAUUUAUUAAUAGGUAGACACACAAAACAUGGUGGAGCGGAAGAGCAAUUUCUUGUCCCUAUAUAAUCAUAACUUACUAAAUGUAUUAUAAAGAUUUUAUUUAAAAACAUUACAUAUCAGUUAUCAGAUAAUUUAGUGUUGUAUGAAUACAAAGAAUAUUUUCUUAACAUAAAAUUACAUAUUUCAACUGAUAGCUCUUUUCUCAAAGAAAUUCCAUAAUAAUUUUAUAAAGUAUAAAAGUAUUUCUGAUAUUAACAAUAAAAGCAGUUCUGAUAUUAACAUAUAAGUAUUUCUGAUAUUGAAACAAACUUAGAGUAUCAUAACUAUUUAAUAUCAAAUUGAACUGGAUUUAUCUCCUACUAACUUACUGGCAAAAUCUUCUGUAGUUUGUAAACAGAAAAAGCUUUACAAUCUCAAUUUAAAAUAGCUUUCAAAUAUAAUUGGUGAGUUCUGAUUGGUUGAAUAGACUUUUGUGAGUAUUUUUAGAAAUGCCAUCAUCCAGUGAGUUUGGUAUGAGUGAAGAUUGCACUUUAAUUUAAUUAUUUUUAGUAUUACUACAAAUUGGGUUGGAUUCUUUUUAAUUUUUGUACUUAAGAAUUUUGUAUUUAAGAAUGUAAAAUUAUUUUAACAGUCUGGUGAUGACGCUUAAUGGGACUGUUUUGUGUAUUGCUGCUACACUCCUCAUCCACAGUGAAAUCGUAAAAAAAUAAAUAAGCUCAUCUCAAACUUAUACCCACAGCUCGUCAAGCAGUGCACCACAAUGAUUGAUGCAGGCAAAGCCUUCAGCAAUGCUAGCAGGUAGGGAUAUAUGACACUUAAUGUUCUCACUAUGAAAUGGAAUGUUUCUGGGGUUGAGGCUAUGUCGAUUGCAUUGUUUCUGCAUUUUAAUUGCAAAUAGAGAAUUGGUUUUGUUUUGGUUAGAUAUUCAAAUGAUACAAUUUAUAUUUCAGGUCUUACUCAUUUUCUCUUUAUUUGUGUUGCUGACUUUUGUUUGCAGUUGAAAUAUUUCCAUCCAUUGAGAAAAUGAUGUUCAUAUAAUCUUUUCAGACAUCAAUAAAAUGAUUUUCUUAUAAAAUAUUUCCAUCUGAUGAUGAACUUAUAAACUAUUUCCUUUUAUUGAUAAAAUCGUGUUCUUAUAAAAUAUUUUCAUUUACCAAUAAAAUAAUGUCCAUGAAAACUAUUUAUAUCUGUUGAUAAGUGGAGGUUCUUAUAAUAUUUCUAAUAAAGGGAUUAAAAAAAAAAAAAAUUACUAUAAAAAUUAUGUUUUUAUACAAUAAAUUGAUGUAAUUCUAAAAUUAUCUAUGAACUUAGGAUGUUCUUAUACAAUAUUUCCAAACCGUCUUUCUCUGCAGUUUUUUUGUGCUUGGUGUGCGUGAUUUGGCUAACUACUUCAAUGACGACUCUCUCGUCUCUGUAAGUUCUUUGCAACAUUGAAGUUUAAGAUCCAUUACUUAGGUGUACAUGUUUAAAAAGCUCAUUGUAAUGCAUUAAGUUCAAACUUUGUUUUUCUCUUACACAUUCUUGAAAUUUUAUAAAAAAUUUAAUGACAUUGCCUUGUUAUACAACAUUACAUUUUCCAUUUGUACAUUUUUAAUUUCCGGGCAAUUUAUUAUUCUUAACUAUUGAACUAAAUUAUUUAAAUCAUUCAAUGGGAAUGGGGAAUGAACUCCAAAACAUUUAAAGAAAUUUUUUAAAGGCAUUUAAAUGCUAUUAUUUUUCAAUACUGAAGUAUUUAAUAUUCAUGAUUAUUGACAAGCUCAAAAUAAUUUUAAUUAAGAAUAUUUUUAAUGACAGAAAUAAGAAGAGGCUUUGAUUGUGGUUGUGGUAUACAAUGUUUUAUGAAGCUUCACCCACGUGUUUAUACUUGUAUCAAUUUUAACCUUGCAGGCCAGAAUAAUGUAUCGUGAAAAAUGCCUGCUGUAAAUUAUUGCUGUAUGACACACAUGCCGUAGCACUGAGCUCUUAUUCACUGCUUUUCCAAUAUAAACACAUGUGUGCAGUGUUGUUUAAUCUUUCUUCCUAUAAUGUCUGUCAAUUACAAUGGCUUUGUCUGUAUGCCUACUGUCUGAUUAAAUUGACACUAGAAUAUAUACUAGUCACUACACAUCAUUAUGCAAGCAGCUUAAAAUUUUUCGUUGGGGGGAAAAAGUAAGUACAAAAAAGUUGUAUGCUCUUUUCCAUAUUAAUUUUCUUAAUGACCUUACACAAUUUGAGCUCAAGUCUUACGGCUCUGAUACACGGCACUGAUACACAGCACUGAUACACAGCACUGAUACACAGCACUGAUACACAGCACUGAUACACGGCACUGAUACACGGCUCUGAUACAUGGCACAGCAGAUGUCUUCUUGAUGCUUACCACUUUGAGCUGAAGUUUAUGUUUCCCAAAUAAGAAAAAGUGUUCCUGCCCCAAUGAUUUCAUAAAAUGUAGGCAAAUUGACAUUGAGCCAUUUGUUCUAGUACACACUCACUUUCUGGUCUAAUGUAGCCUACAUCAACUUAACUCACUAAAAAAAAAUUCAAGCAUUAGCAGCCCAUCUCUCCCCUUCAUCGGCUGCAUUCGUUCAUGAUUGGAAUGAAAAGUCUGACUUGACUGUGGUCUUGUGACUUGAUGUGCUCAUGAAAAACGUGUGACUUAAUUGGGGUCACAAUGAAAUCUGAUAAUUGGGCUUUUUUUCUCUCCUGUAAAUCUCAGAAAUAGAUUUCAAAAAUCAGAUUUAUGCAUUUAACUAAAUGUGUUGGUGAGCAUGUCUAACCGCUGUUCUUUUAUUAAUCUCAGAUAAUUUGUGUGUUUACGAUUCAAAUUUCAAAAGAAACCACACACAGCCAUCAGUUUUCCUUUCAAUAGCCAAGAUAUAGAUACUAUAGAUUAAGAUACUUUAUAUACAGAUACUAUAAAUAUAGAUACUAUAGAUACAGAUACUAUACAUGUAGAUACUAUAGAUACAGAUACUAUACAUCUAGAUACCACACAUAUAAACUUCAUCCAUUCAAAUCACUGAAAGCAGAAGCUCACCCCUUUUGUCCCUUAUGUAAACGUCACAUGUGUUUGAAAUAUGUACAAUUGUGAUGCAAUGACAUAACAUCUGAUGACCCACAUUAACACUGAUGUAGAUGAUGGUGUUUAUAGUUAUUUAAAAAAAAACUGAACUUGACGGUAAUCUCAAGUUUUUCUCUGAAACUCUCAUUUGACUGAUUCUAUCUUGAUUACCUCAGGACAAUGCCAAAGUUUCUGUAAGUAUGUUUAGAAAUGCUUGAAACUAAGAAGAAAAUGAAUGUGAGACAAAAGUCAGCACAGUGCAUCUUGAUUAGAAAAAUGAGUGUUGUUUCGUUAAAUUUUUGAGUUUAUCUCAGUGUGUCAACUUUUUUAAAUCUUCAAUUUGAUAGUUUUUAAAAAUGUUGCAACCUUUAAAGUAAUCCACACAUCAGGCUUGAUUCAAAACACCACUCUCCUGUUUGUGUAUGUGUGUGUGUGUCCUAUGUCUCUGGAGUGAUCCUAAAUACAUGUUUGCACCAUUGUAAUUUCUAGAUAAUGAUGAUCAUUUUCCAUGCCUUUCUGAAUGGUUUACUCUCUAACUCUGCCAGUUAAAUAGUCUUAAUGUUCAAACAGGCGUGAGUGAAGUGGUUUAAAGAGCAGAAAUCAAACCAAAUGAACUGUACAAUUUAAAAGCAUUUCUGAUUAGAGAUUAAUAUGAAACAUGGUACAUCUGAUGGCCUCUCAUUGAAGUUUCCUAUGGGAUGCUUUAAUUACUGUGGAUAGCAAGCUGGUCAAAGAGUUAAAUUGAUUUACAAGUGUAAUAUUUGUUCCAUUGCUAAACGGCAAGAGCAAUGCUCACAUUGAUAGACUGAACGUUUCAAACAAAUCAUUCAAACAAAUUGCAGAUGAUCCAUAUCCCAUGAAACCCAUGAAUCCAUGAUUGGUUACUUAAGUAUUUGAUAUUUGCAGUGUGCUGCUGAGAUCUGUGCUAAAAUAUGUACAUUUUUGUUAUAUAAAUAUAUACAGUAGACCACAGGUGAUCAAUCUUUUUGACCCCAUUUGAAAGAAGUUAGUUGACCUGGACACCAUUCUAUAGAAGCGAAUUGAGCUUGACCCCAUUCUAUAGAAGCAAAUUGACCUGUACCCCAUUCUAUUGAAGCAAAUUGACCUUUGACCCCAUUCUAUAGAAGCAAAGUGGCCCAUGAACCCAGUUAUUUAGACAUAUACAAAAAAUACAUUUUUAAGUAAAGACCCCCAAAAAUAGAUUUAUAUAUCCUAACAACAAUAUUUCAUAAAAUGUUUAACUUACCUUUUUAAUCUGAUUAUUUAAAUUGUAACUCUCUUAAAAAAUCUCAGUGGCAUUUUCGUGAAUGCUUACCUCAAGUUAUUCUUGGCAUUGAAAUCUGAUUCUUCUUAUUUUUGGGUUUUCCAGUAAAGAAGUUUAGAAAGUCCACUCCCACAAAGUCCACUUUGACAAAAGUCAUUCCAACAAAGUGCACUCCAACAAAGUCCACUCUCACAAAGUACAUUCUCGUAAAAGUACACUCUCAUAAAGUCUUAAGUCUACUAUCACAAAGUCCAAAGUGAAAUCUGGCAAAGUCCAUAUUCCACUCUCAGUAAUGUCUAGAAGGAAGUAAAGGAUCAUUAUGAUUUUAUUCAAACUUUAUGAUGCUGAUUGCAAAUGAAACUUGUUUUCAAAAUCAUUAUUUGUUUCUAGUUCACUUAGUUGUCACCCCUACAGAAAAUCCCUUCAUGACCAAUAAGUCAUUCAAUAGAAUUAGGAUUAUAUUUAAAAAAAAUUAUUUCCAUGUUUGCAACAAAGCCAACAUUUUAUGUUAUCAUGGGAAAAGGGCCUUAACAUAACUGUAUGCAUUUAUAUUUUCAUGACCUGUAUUGACAUGCUGGUGGUUUUUUUCUAUUCCUGCAUCAAAUAACAAGGGUGUGGAUGGGUGUAGGUGGGUGUAAAUAAUAGGCUUCUCUUAGUUGGUUUUGGGGUUUUUUGCUCUCAUCAGCUGAGUCGGUUGACUGAGUCGGUUGACUGAGUCGGUUGACUGAGUCGGUUGACUGAGUCGGUUGACUGAGUCGGUUGACUGAGUCGGUUGACUGAGUCGGUUGACUGAGUCGGUUGACUGAGUCGGUUGACUGAGUCGGUUGACUGAGUCGGUUGACUGAGUCGGUUGACUGAGUCGGUUGACUGAGUCGGUUGACUGAGUCGGUUGACUGAGUCGGUUGACUGAGUCGGUUGACUGAGUCGGUUGACUGAGUCGGUUGACUGAGUCGGUUGACUGAGUCGGUUGACUGAGUCGGUUGACUGAGUCGGUUGACUGAGUCGGUUGACUGAGUCGGUUGACUGAGUCGGUUGACUGAGUCGGUUGACUGAGUCGGUUGACUGAGUCGGUUGACUGAGUCGGUUGACUGAGUCGGUUGACUGAGUCGGUUGACUGAGUCGGUUGACUGAGUCGGUUGACUGAGUCGGUUGACUGAGUCGGUUGACUGAGUCGGUUGACUGAGUCGGUUGACUGAGUCGGUUGACUGAGUCGGUUGACUGAGUCGGUUGACUGAGUCGGUUGACUGAGUCGGUUGACUGAGUCGGUUGACUGAGUCGGUUGACUGAGUCGGUUGACUGAGUCGGUUGACUGAGUCGGUUGACUGAGUCGGUUGACUGAGUCGGUUGACUGAGUCGGUUGACUGAGUCGGUUGACUGAGUCGGUUGACUGAGUCGGUUGACUGAGUCGGUUGACUGAGUCGGUUGACUGAGUCGGUUGACUGAGUCGGUUGACUGAGUCGGUUGACUGAGUCGGUUGACUGAGUCGGUUGACUGAGUCGGUUGACUGAGUCGGUUGACUGAGUCGGUUGACUGAGUCGGUUGACUGAGUCGGUUGACUGAGUCGGUUGACUGAGUCGGUUGACUGAGUCGGUUGACUGAGUCGGUUGACUGAGUCGGUUGACUGAGUCGGUUGACUGAGUCGGUUGACUGAGUCGGUUGACUGAGUCGGUUGACUGAGUCGGUUGACUGAGUAGGUUGACUGAGUCGGUUGAAUGAGUAGGUUGACUGAGUCGGUUGACUGAGUCGGUUGACUGAGUAGGUUGACUGAGUCGGUUGACUGAGUCGGUUGACUGAGUCGGUUGACUGAGUCGGUUGACUGAGUAGGUUGACUGAGUCGGUUGACUGAGUAGGUUGACUGAGUCGGUUGACUGAGUCGGUUGACUGAGUAGGUUGACUGAGUCGGUUGACUGAGUAGGUUGACUGAGUAAGUUGACUGAGUCGGUUGACUGAGUAGGUUGACUGAGUCGGUUGACUGAGUAGGUUGACUGAGUCGGUUGACUGAGUAGGUUGACUGACUCGGUUGACUGAGUCGGUUGACUGAGUAGGUUGACUGAGUAGGUUGACUGAGUCGGUUGACUGAGUCGGUUGACUGAGUCGGUUGACUGAGUAGGUUGACUGAGUCGGUUGACUGAGUCGGUUGACUGAGUGGGUUGACUGAGUUGGGUUUUAGGCUUCUGUAGUUUUAGGGUUCUGGCAUCCUUUAUGAUGGACAUUUAAUGUUUGCCUCAAACUUAUUCUAUAGCUGAAGGUCAAAACCCAAAAAAAUAGCUGCUUGAAAAACGCGCUGCACUAAUCUGAUGGUCUAAUGAAAUAAAGUACUUAAGCUAUUAAUUUUAAAAAGUAAAUCCAUUAUUUGUUUCUGAUUUUCUUUGCGUGCACAUUACUGAGACAUUUCAAAUGAAAGUAUUAUAGCUGCAAGUAUAAUGGCAGCUGGUCCAUGAUUAUGCGAAAUCCAGACCACAAAUACUUCACAUUUAAUUUUAAGACAGUUUGAUCUUGUUUGAUAGUUGUGUAAUUUAUGUCUGUACUAAGUUAAACAAAAAUGAACAUCAUCUUGCUACUUAUCUGUCAGAAAUGUUUUGUAUGUUCUGUCAGACUGAGCAUGUUCUGAGAUGUCUAUGUUCUGCCAGGCUGAGCAUGUUCUGAGAUGUUUAUGUUCUGUCAGACUGAGCAUGUUCUGAAAUGUUUAUGUGUGUCAGACUGAGCAUGUUCUAAAAAAGUUCUACAAAGAACAGUGCACUCUCACUAUGUGCAGUUGUCGUUUGGAAACUGUGGCAUGAAGGAAAUGAAGGCUGGCAUGAAUGAUUUCCUGACUUGAAUCAUUUCCUGACUUCAAUAAUUUCCUGACUUCACUAAUUUCCUGACUUGAUUUCAUAAUAUGUGAAGUCAGUAAAAGCAUAUGAAAUUAAAGACAAUAUAAAGUACACAUAUUUUAUGGAUGAAUUUUUUUUUUUCUCUCUCUUUUUUCUCAAAACCAAUGAAGUUAACAAAUGCAUGAGUCCUAGUCUAGUUAACCUCUGUGGUUUGUCAUGUCUUGUGGGCAUGGCUGAAAAAGAAUAAUGGGUUUAAGGGGAGGAAACUAUGAUUUUUAAAUUGGGUGAAAUUAAGUUGCUGGUCUUUAAAUGUAUGAUGCUCUACAAGUCACGUGUUUAAGUUUAAUCAAAUAUGAUCUUGUCCUUAAGUUUACAAAGCAUAGAAUAUAUUUAUAUGUUACAUGAAAUGGCCCAGCUGAAGAUAUUAAAGGUUGUUAAUAGAAUUAUAUUUCUUUUUGAAACCAACCAUACCCCAAAACCUGUCCACCCAUGACCACCUGUCCACCCAUGACCACCUGUCCACCCAUGACCACCUGUCCACCCAUGACCACCUGUCCACCCAUGACCACCUGUCCACCCAUCACCACCUGGCCACCCAUGACCACCUGUCCACCCAUGACCACCUGUCCACCCAUCACCACCUGGCCACCCAUGACCACCUGUCCACCCAUCACCACCUGUCCACCCAUGACCACCUGUCCACCCAUGACCACCCGUCCACCCAUCACCACCUGUUCACAUAUUAUCUCAUUUUAACAGCUGCUUUGUGGUGAAUGCUGUUUUUCCAUCAUUUUUCCUAAGUAAACAAUUGUCUUACCUCCCAUUAACACACUUAUAUAAGCAAUUCUUAUUUUUUGAUAUUCACUUUUUCCUCGACACUGUUAUAUAGUAGAUUGAAUUUUCUUGAUGAUGUAAUUAUAACUAUUGUACAACCUGCUGAAUAGGCCUACUCACAUUAUCCUUUAUUAACCUAUGAACACCCCGACACCCCCCACUAUUUCAUCUUCUUUUAUGAGACAAGAAAUGAGCUGAAGAAAUUCAAAAGUUUUAUUAUUUCCAUGAGUCGGCUAAAUCAGAUAAUCCAAUAUUUUGUUUUACUUAACAAAUCAUUUUUUUUGUUUGAUGGGUGGAAACUGUGUGAACCUGGUAAGCCCACUAAUUUUUCUUUUAUUAUUAUAGUUUUCAUAGUAGCAUUCUCAGUAACUAUGGGUAAAUUUAAAUAAGAAAUGUUUAGCCAGCCCAGGUUUGAUCUUUACCGAGACUUGUUUUUAAAAUUUUUGUUAUUUCUUCUACUUUCAGACCAGCUUGAGUCGCUUUGCUCAUGCCAUGUCGGAAAUGCUCAAAUAUUUUAAUGUAAGUCUCUGAGGGGGUUACAAUCUAUUUUUAAUGUGGCUAGUCUUGUCCAGUGAAAGAAAUGUCAGAGUGUGGAUGUCUCAUCCAGUGGUAGGACUGUGUGGAUAUCUAGUACAGUGGAAGGAGUUUGUGGAUAUCUAGUCCAGGGGAAGGACUUUGUGGAUGUCUAGUACAGUGGAAGGACUGUGUGGAUAUCUAGUACAAUGGAAAGACUGUGUGGAUGUCUAGUCCAGGGGACGGGCUUUGUGGAUGUCUAGUCCAGGGGACGGACUUCGUGGAUGUCUAGUACAGUGGAAGCACUAUGGAUUUGCUUUUGAACUUAAUUGUUACUUUUCUUUGAUCACAAGAAUGACAUUUGAGAAGAUUCUAGCGUACUGAAAAUUGAGAAAUGCAGACAAGGUACUGUGACACAACUUGAUAGAAUGCACAUUAAAACUUCAUGGAAUUAUGGGAUAUGUCUCGAUUGAAUACAAUGACAUGACCUUUAUAGUCCAUGACUAUACUUAAUAAAAUACAAUACAUCACUUGACAGAAUACAUGACCUGUUAGACAACAUGACUUGAUAUCAUACAGCUGAUCUACUCAUAGUGAAAUGAGCUAAUUUUUCAAUGUUUUUUGUAGAUUCUCAUGGACCAAGCAAACAGAUCAGUUUGUAAGAAUCUCAAUAACUUUAUCAGAAUGUAAGUGUUCUUUAGUGGUCAUAAAAUGAUAAGAAAUAUCAUUAAUUCAGUUUCACCAUUGACAGAAAGGUUGUACAAUUGCAAGAAAUAUCUCUGGCAUAAUGUGUUCUUCUAUUUAAUUGUAAACUAAAAGAAAUUUUUUCAAGUACAACAACAUUUUUUUAAGAUAUAAUUAUUUUUCUUAAUUGUGGCUUGAAUGAACACAUCCAUAGGCCUCAAUAUUCAUAAAAUGUGCUUCGGAUGUACGCAGUGUACAUAAUAAUAUAAAUGCUUAUUUGAAAUGUACCAUGACCAUGUGAUGGCGUUCAUUUCCAGUGACAUCAAGAAGGUCAAGGAGACCAAGAAAUUGUUUGAGAAGAUCAGCGAUGACAUGGAUGCAGCUUUCAUCCGCAACUCCCAGGCGGCCAAGUCAAAACCACAGGAGUGUGAGGAGGCACACAACACGCUGACGGCCAUGAGGUCCUGCUUCGCUCACACAUCAUUGGAUUAUGUCUUUCAAGUGAGUUGUUUCAAUAACAUCAAAAACAUUUUUUUAAAUGUGUAAAUUUUUUUUACAACUUGAAAAUUUUGAAUAGAAAUGCUUUUUAUGUGUUUCUUGUUUUGAUGGUGUAAGCUUGAGUUGUUUCUAUUAUUGAUAACUCAGUACCUACACAAGUUAUAUCUUUUUUUUUGAUGGUGUCAGCUUGAGUUGUUUCUAUUAUUUACAACUCAGUACCUACAAGUUAUAUCUUUUUUUGAUGGUGUCAGCUUGAGUUGUUUCUAUUAUUUACAACUCAGUACCUACAAGUUAUAUCUUUUUUUGAUGGUGUCAGCUUGAGUUGUUUCUAUUAUUUAUAACUCAGUAACUACGCAUCUUUUACUUUGUGUUAGAAAAAUAUAUUUUCUUUGCUUCUAAUUUUUUUGCUUCAAAUUUGUGCAUUUAUUUAUUUUCCCUAUUAUAUGUUUAUUGUCAUAUAAAAAAUAUUAAAAUACUUUAUAUUAUAAUUUUUACUUACAAAUCCUGUAUUGCUCAGAAUUUGUGCAGCUCAUGAGAAACCAUUGUUCAAUUUUACCCCCAAAAUUUUUAUUUUUGUUAACAUCCUGAUUGUGGCCCGCAUCCCUAGUUAAAAGACUUAUCUAUGGAGGUAGAAAAAAAGAGCCGCCUUUACUCUGAACAAAACAGCCGCCUUUACUCUGAACAAAACAGCCGCCUUUACUCUGAACAAACCAGCCGCCUUUACUCUGAACAAACCAGCCGCCUUUACUCUGAAAAAAACAGCCGCCUUUACUCUGAACACAACAGCAUUUAUUGUUAUUUGUUAAAACUUCAAACGUUGUUCUUCCCCUCAAAUUUUAUUUGUUAGCUACAUGUUCAUUCAAAUCUUUUGAUUGCACACUAUAGAGAAUAAAUCCCAUUAAUGUCAAUUUUUUUAUUUGAGUGCAUGAAAAAUUUUAAUAACAAGUUGACGAAUCUGAAACUUUAGAAACAACAAAGCAAUGCACACAACAGAAAUGUUAAAUUUAAUAUAAAUUAUAUCUUGUGCAUUGACUAGUUAAGUUAAUAUAAGUUAUAUCUUGUACAUUUGCUGUAUCUACUGUUUUCAAAAUGGUGCAACUUUAAAAAUUAUUUAUGCAAAUAUUUUAAUUCCAGGUGAAUGUGCUCAAUUCCAAGAAGAGAUUUGAUAUUCUUGAUACGGUGAGUUUUUAGCUUUGAUCUCUAAGCAUGAUAUUGUUGAAACAGUGAGAUUUUAGCUUUGAUCUAAGCAUGAUAUUGUUGAUACAGUGAGAGUUUAGCUUUGAUUUCUAAGCAUGAUAUUGUUGACACAGGGAGAUUUUAGCUUUGAUCUCUAAGCAUGAUAUUGUUGAUACAGUGAGAGUUUAGCUUUGAUCUCUAAGCAUGAUAUUGUUGAUACAGUGAGAGUGUAGCUUUGAUCUCUAAGCAUGAUAUUGUUGAUACAGUGAGAUUUUAGCUUUGAUCUCUAAGCAUGAUAUUGUUGAUACAGUGAGAGUUUAGCUUUGAUUUCUAAGCAUGAUAUUGUUGAUACAGUGAGAGUUUAGCUUUGAUCUAAGCAUGAUAUUGUUGAUACAGUGAGUUUUUAGCUUUGAUCUCUAAGCAUGAUAUUGUUGAUACAGUGAGUUUUUUUAGCUUUGAUCUAAGCAUGAUAUUGUUGAUACAGUGAGAGUUUAGCUUUGAUCUAAGCAUGAUAUUGUUGAUACAGUGAGAGUUUAGCUUUGAUCUAAGUGUGAUAUUGUUGAUACAGUGAGUUUUAGCUUUGAUCUCUAAGCAUGAUAUUGUUGAUACAGUGAGAGUUUAGCUUUGAUCUAAGUGUGAUAUUGUUGAUACAGUGAGUUUUUAGCUUUGAUCUCUAAGCAUGAUAUUGUUGAUACAGUGAGUUUUUAGCUUUGAUCUAAGCAUUUCCUUUUAAGUUGUUGCCGAUCUGCAUGAGUUGGAAAUAAAAUAAAAGUCUUAAAAAUGUUUUAAAUUUUUUUGCAUGCGGUGCAAUAUUUAUAAGUUAAUUUAAGAAAUGGUUGACUUUCUAUAAAAAAAUGAUUACCAUAUCUUCAUAUAAAAUAUAAAGAGAUUCAGAGUUUUAAUUGCUUUUAUUUUUUUUAAAACAAGCCUGGAUUUUAAAAAAUAAGGGGCAGGAAUUCAAUCAGAAUGGGAUUGGCUAAGUAUAACAGUUCAAAAUUCAAGAGUAAUUUUUCCUUGCUGACACAAAUGGAUAAUGAAUUAGGUCAAUGUUUAAACUUGGUAUUUCUAUAUCUUUUGAGAAAAUCAAAAUAGGCAUUUAAUGAAUAAACCCCCCUGACAAACUCUAAUGUUCUUGUAGUACAGCAUUUAUAACUUUAGUUCCUCACAGAUUUGGGAUUAAUUUGUGUAAUCAAGACUAAUAAUUGGAGAAUAAUUGGCGGAAAGAUUAUCAUAAUUUGAAGACAUAAAAGGGAUGGAUUUAAUCUUAAGAACAACUUCUAAGAAAUGCACUAUUUAUUUCUUUCUUCAGAAUUUGUAUACUAUAUCGAGAAUAAACCUCCGUGGUUCACCAGCCUGCUGGAUCGUUAAGUUUAGAAGUGGUUCUCAGACAUCUCAGACCCCAUUAUAAAGAUACAUUUACAUAGUAACAUGUUACAUUUGCUGGACAUUUAAGUUUCGAAGUGGUUCUCGAACAUCUCAGACCCCAUUAUAAAGUUAUAUUUACAUAGUGAUAUGUUGUUACAUUUGCUGGACAGUUAAGUUUAGAAGUGGUUCUCAAACAUCUGGGACCCCAUUAUAAAGUUACCUAUGCCACAGUAAAAUGUUACAUAUGCUGGGUAUUUUAGAAGUGGUUCUCAAACAUCUCAGACCCCAUGAUAAAGUUACAUUUGCCACAGUAAAAUUUUACAUGUUCUGUAUAGUUUAGAAGUGGUUCUCAACAUCUCAGACCCCAUGAUAAAGUUACAUUUGCCAUGGUGAAAUGUUUUUUCAUAUGCGUGAUAGUUUAGAAGUGGUUCUCAAAAUCUCAACCCCCAUGAUAAAGUUACAUUGGCCAGAGCAAAAUGUUAUAUAUCCUUCUCAUUCUAUUUCAGAUGUUGUCUUUCAUGCAUGCACAAAGCACAUUCUUCCAUCAAGGUCAUGACCUUUUCCAAGAUUUGGAAACCACGUACAUGAAGGAGAUUGCUGGACAGGUAAACUGAUGGUUUCAAUGUUGAGAAAAUAACAGUGCAAACUUUCAUCAUUACUUUACUGCCAUCACUACUUUACUGUCAUGAUUACUUUACUUUCAGCAUUACUUUACUGUCAUCAUUACUUUACUGUCAUCAUUAAUUUACUUUCAUCAUUAAUUUACUUUCAUCAUUACUUUACUUUCAUCAUUACUUUACUUUCAACCAUUGCUUUACUUUCAUCAUUAAUUUACUUUCAUCAUUACUUUACUUUCAUCAUUACUUUACUUUCAUCAUUACUUUACUGUCAUCAUUACCUUUCUUUCAUAAUUAAUUUUAUAAUUAAUUUACUUGCAUAAUUACUUUCAUCAUUAUUUUACUUUCAUAAUUACUUUACUUUCAUAAUUACUUUUAUAAUUACUUGACUUGCAUAAUUACUUUACUUUCAUAAUUAAUUUCAUAACUACUUUACUUUUAUAAUUACUUUCAUAAUUACUUUACUUUCAUAAUUACUUUCAUAAUUACUUUACUUUCAUAAUUACUUUCACAAUUCUGCACACAUAUAUUUGUAUGCUUAAAGUAACUGAGGUUUGUUUUUCCUGGUUUUCUCCCGUUUUUUUUUUUUUGGUUAGUAGUAUUUAACAUUUUCUUUGACAGACUGGAACUAUUAGUCCAUGUCUGUGAGACGUUAUUCAAACGUUUUCUUCGACAGACUGGAACUAUUAGUCCAUGUCUGUGAGACAUUAUUCAAACGUUUUCUUUGACAGACUGGAACUAUUAGUCCAUGUCUGUGAGACAUUAUUCAAACGUUUUCUUCGACAGACUGGAACUAUUAGUCCAUGUCUGUGAGACAUUAUUCAAACGUUUUCUUUGACAGACUGGAACUAUUAGUCCAUGUCUGUGAGACAUUAUUCAAACGUUUUCUUCGACAGACUUGAACUAUUAGUCCAUGUCUGUGAGACAUUAUUCAAACGUUUUCUUUGACAGACUGGAACUAUUAGUCCAUGUCUGUGAGACAUUAUUCAAAUGUUUUCUUCGACAGACUGGAACUAUUAGUCCAUGUCUGUGAGACAUUAUUCAAGUUGUUGUAAAAAAAGUAAUUUUUUUUAAGUCCAUUUGAUUAUAUUAUUUACGCUCUAUCUCAUUUUUGGGGUAAAAUGCAGACAAAUUUAAAUUUAACUUUCAAAAAAUUAAAAUGAUGAAAAAGUCAACUACUCAACUGAAUACUGAUGUCUUUAGUCAUUCUGAGUUCUCUAUAAUUUUUAUGACUGCAUCUCUUAAGUCAUUCUGAGCUCUCUAUAAUUUUUAAGACUGCUUCUCUUAAGUCAUUCUGAGCUCUCUAUAAUUUUUAUGACUGCGUCUCUUAAGUUAAAUGUUUCCCUUUAUUCAAAUGAUUCCCAAACUUUUCAGUUUUUGGACCCCUGUAUAAGUUUUCUUAUCCCAAAAGCUCCAGUGCCACAAUUAUAACUUAUUAACUUUCUAAAUGUCAUUAAAUAUUUUUUAUCUGUCAUCUGCCGAUGUGAGGAGACUCAUUAGCAUGUUAGUGAGAAGACUCAUUACCGUACUAGUGAGAAGACUCAUUACUGUGUUAGUGACAAGACUCAUUACCAUGCAAGUGAGAAGACUCAUUACCAUGCUAUUGAGAAGACUCAUUACCAUGUUAGUGAGAAUACUCAUUACUGUGCUAGUGAGAAGACUCAUUACCAUGUUAGUGAGAAGACUCAUUACCAUGCUAGUAAGAAGACUCAUUACUGUGCUAGUGAGAAGACUCAUUACCGUAUUAGUGAAAAGGCUCAUUACCAUGCUAGUGAGAAGACUCAUUACCGUGCUAGUGAGAAGACUCAUUACCAUGCUAGUGAGAAGGCUCAUUACCAUGUUAGUGAGAAGACUCAUUACCGUGCUAGUGAGAAGACUCAUUACCGUAUUAGUGAGAAGACUCAUUACCAUGUUAGUGAGAAGACUCAUUACCAUGCUAGUGAGAAGACUCAUUACCAUGCUAGUGAGAAGACUCGUUACCAUGUUAGUGAGAAGACUCAUUACCGUGCUAGUGAGAAGACUCAUUACCUUAUUAGUGAAAAGGCUCAUUACCAUGCUAGUGAGAAGACUCGUUACCAUGUUAGUGAGAAGACUCAUUACCGUGCUAGUGAGAAGACUCAUUACCGUAUUAGUGAAAAGACUCAUUACUGUGCUAGUGAGAAGACUCAUUACCUUAUUAGUGAAAAGGCUCAUUACCAUGCUAGUGAGAAGACUCGUUACCAUGUUAGUGAGAAGACUCAUUACCAUGCUAGUGAGAAGACUCAUUACCGUGCUAGUGAGAAGACUGAUUACCGUGCUAGUGAGAAGACUCAUUACCCUGCUAGUGAGAAGACUCAUUACUGUGCUAUUGAGAAGACUCAUUACCAUGUUAGCUAGAUGACUCAUUACCAUGCUAGUGAGAAGACUCAUUACCGUGCUAGUGAGAAGACUCAUUACCGUGCUAGUGAGAACACUCAUUACCAUGCUAGUGAGAAGACUCAUUACCAUGUUAGUGAGAAGACUCAUUACCAUAUUAGUGAGAAGACUCAUUACCAUGCUAGUGAGAAGACUCAUUACCAUGCUAGUGAGAAGACUCAUUACCAUAUUAGUGAGAAGACUCAUUACCAUGCUAGUGAGAAGACUCAUUACCAUGUUAUUGAGAAGACUCAUUACCAUGUUAGUGAGAAGACUCAUUACCAUGCUAGUGAGAAGACUCAUUACCAUGCUAGUGAGAAUACUCAUUACCAUGUUAGUGAGAAGACUCAUUACCAUGCUAGUGAGAAGACUCAUUACCAUGUUAUUGAGAAGAGUCAUUACCAUGCUAGUGAGAAGACUCAUUACCAUGCUAGUGAGAAGACUCAUUACCAUAUUAGUGAGAAGACUCAUUACCAUGCUAGUGAGAAGACUCAUUACCAUGUUAGUGAGAAGACUCAUUACCAUGUUAGUGAGAAGACUCAUUACCAUGCUAGUGAGAAGACUCAUUACCAUGCUAGUGAGAAUACUCAUUACCAUGCUAGUGAGAAUACUCAUUACCAUGUUAGUGAGAAGACUCAUUACCAUGCUAGUGAGAAGACUCAUUACCAUGCUAGUGAGAAUACUCAUUACCAUGCUAGUGAGAAUACUCAUUACCAUGUUAGUGAGAAGACUCAUUACCAUGUUAGUGAGAAGACUCAUAAGCAACAUAAUGCUCGUUGACCGAUGCUCGUCAGCAGACCACCACUGCCUUAAAUCUUUCUGAAUUCUUGUAUAAAAAUGAUGGCAUUGUCCCUUUGUUGUUCCAGGCUCUUGUAUAACAAUGAUUACAUUGUCCCUUUGUUGUUCCAGGCUCUUGUAUAACAAUGAUUACAUUGUCCCUUUGUUGUUCCAGGCUCUUGUAUAACAAUGAUUGCAUUGUUCCUUUGUUGUUCCAGGCUCUUGUAUAACAAUGAUUGCAUUGUCCCUUUGUUGUUCCAGGCUCUUGUAUAAUAAUGAUUACAUUGUCCCUUUCUUGUUCCGAGCUCUUGUAUAACAAUGAUUGCAUUGUCCCUUUGUUGUUCCAGGCUCUUGUAUAACAAUGAUUACAUUGUCCCUUUCUUGUUCCGAGCUCUUGUAUAACAAUGAUUACAUUGUCCCUUUGUUGUUCCAGGCUCUUGUAUAACAAUGAUUACAUUGUCCCUUUGUUGUUCCUUGCUCUUGUAUAAUGAUUGCAUUGUCCCUUUGUUGUUCCGAGCUCUUGUAUAACAAUGAUUACAUUGUCCCUUUCUUGUUCCGAGCUCUUGUAUAACAAUGAUUACAUUGUCCCUUUGUUGUUCCAGGCUCUUGUAUAACAAUGAUUACAUUGUCCCUUUCUUGUUCCGAGCUCUUGUAUAACAAUGAUUACAUUGUCCCUUUGUUGUUUUGGGCUUUUGUAUAAUGAUUGCAUUGUCCCUUUGUUGUUCUGGGCUCUUGUAUAACAAUGAUUACAUUGUCCCUUUGUUGUUCCUUGCUCUUGUAUAAUGAUUGCAUUGUCCCUAUGUGUUCUUGUAAUUUUCUAGUUGUUUCACAUAAGACUUUCUGUAUUCUUCUGUCUCACAGGUUGAGGAACUUAGCUCUAAAGCUAAAGUAGAGAGGAAGGAGAUGGAGGAGAGACACACGCUUGUGCAGCAAAAGGUACGACAAUAUAGUUUUACAACAUCUUAUUUUGUAGCAUUACAACUUAUCUCAUAUCUCUAUAUCUUAGGCUGUAGUGUUACAACAUAUUUCCAUAUCUUAUGUUGUAGUGUUACGACAUAUUUCCAUAUCUUAUGCUGUAGUGUUACAACAUAUUUCUAUAUCUUAUGCUGUAGUGUUACAACAUAUUUCUAUAUCUUAUGCUGUAGUGUUACAACAUAUUUCUAUAUCUUAUGCUGUAGUGUUACAACAUAUUUCCAUAUCUUAUGCUGUAGUGUUACAACAUAUUUCUAUAUCUUAUGCUGUAGUGUUACAACAUAUUUCUAUAUCUAAUACUGGCAUUGGAUUCAGUAAGUUUAAAUCAAAACAAUGUCACACAACUAUGUUAUAGUUUUCCUGCCCAUGGUGUCAGGUGGCCUCUAACUUUGGUCCCCUGUAAAAGUAUAUAAAUAUUUAAUCUAAUUUUAUGUCAUUGCUGAGCUCCAAGUAUAAAAAGUUACAUCGUUUGGUAGUCAGGUCAGUCGACUCAUCUGUUUGGUGGUCAGAUCAGUGGACUAAUCGGUUUUGGUGGUCAGAUCAGUGGACUCAUCUGUUUGGUGGUCAUAUCAGUGGACUAAUCUGUUUUGGUGGUCAGAUCAUUGGAGUAAUCUGUUGGGUGGUCAGAUCAGUGGACUCAUCUUUCGACGACAAUAAUGGAUAUUUCUUGAGUUGUUUACUGUGCUCUUUUCUUUGUGAUAUUUUCAUUUCUGCUGUUAGCUGAAGAAGGCUUUAUGCCGAAAUGUCCUUAUCUUUUUGUCCUGUUCUCUAAUUCAAGCUUCCAAAUACCUCGUUUUGCUAUUUCAUUCACUUACUAGGCUUGAAUGCAGUCCUUUAAUUUAUAGAUCUGUUGGGGGACCCACUUACAUAGGUCCGCCUUGAUUUCCGGUUCAUUUUCUCAGUCGCUAAGCUGUUGAUGUUUAAUGGAGAUGCGCUACUCAAAUCUGAUUUGGGAACUGUGUGCUCUAUUCAAUAGAGGAAAUUCCAUUGUAAAAAAGGCUGGGAACCACUGGUGUAAGAAAUUUCUACUGUGUAGGGCUGUACUCUAAAGAUUUGUUUACUUUUCACUUACCACAUACUGCUACUUGCUACUUUUUUUAUAGAAAGAGUACAAGCACAUACUAAGCUAGCGGUCAAGCACACACUGAACUAGCUGUCAAGCACACACUGAACUAGUGGUCAAGCACACACUGAACUAGUGGUCAAAGCACACACUGAACUAGUGGUCCAGCACACAUUGAAUUAGCGGUCAAGCACAUACUAAACUAGCGGUCAAGCACACAUUGAAAUUUGUGGUCAAGCACAUAAUAAACUAGUGGUCAAGCACACACUGAACAAGAGGUCAAGCACACACUGAACUACUGGUCGUCCCAUGUAAAGAUAACACCCUAACCGAGAAUAUUACUUUGGAUGUAAAUAAAAAUAAAUCAAAUGGAGACAUACAUUGUUUGAGACCAUCUGUUAUUUAAGUCAUAAUCAUUUCAUGAACACAUAAAACUUUUUUCUGCGGCGGGGAAAGGGAAAUCAAUGAAUUUAUCGGUCCCGGUGCCAAAUAUUCCUACUUUACAGUGCCAAGCAUUCCUACUUUACAGUGCCAAGUAUUCCUACUUUACGGUGCCAAGCAUUCCUAUUUUACAGUGACAAGCAUUCCUACUUUACAGUCCCAAGCAUUCCUACUUUACAGUGCCAAGCACUCCUACUUUACAGUGCCAAGUAUUCCUACUUUACAGUGACAAGUAUUCCUACUUUACAGUCCCAAACAUUCCUACUUUACAGUGACAAGUAUUCCUACUUUACAGUGACAAGCAUUCCUACUUUACAGUGACAAGCAUUCCUACUUUACAGUGACAAGUAUUCCUACUUUACAGUGACAAGUAUUCCUACUUUACAGUGACAAGUAUUCCUACUUUACAGUGACAAGCAUUCCUACUUUACAGUGACAAGCAUUCCUACUUUACAUUGUAGUUAAUCCAUUGUAUUAACACUGGUCUGUACAAAAUUUUGUCUUAUUGUCAAGUCAAUCCUUUUCUCUAACACUGGUGUUUACAUGGCUUAUGGUUAAUCCAUUGUUUAACACUGGUGUUUACAUGGCUUAUGGUCAAUCCAUUGUUCGAACACUGGUGUUUACAUGGCUUAUGGUCAAGUCAAUCCAUUGUUUAACACUGGUGUUUACAUGGCUUAUGGUCAAGUCAAUCCAUUGUUUAACACUGGUGUUUACAUGGCUUUUGGUCAAUCCAUUGUUCUAACACUGGUGUUUACAUGGCUUAUGGUCAAGUCAAUCCAUUGUUUAACACUGGUGUUUACAUGGCUUAUGGUCAAGUCAAUCCAUUGUUUAACACUGGUGUUUACAUGGCUUAUGGUCAAGUCAAUCCAUUGUUUAACACUGGUGUUUACAUGGCUUAUGGUCAAUCCAUUGUUCUAACACUGGUGUUUACAUGGCUUAUGGUCAAGUCAAUCAAUUGUUUAACACUGGUCUUUACAUGGCUUAUGGUCAGCCUGCUUUUGAUAGGAGUUACUUGGCAAGUGGAAAAGAAAGGGAUAUAAAAGAAAUAAAUUACUAAAAUUCUUUAUAUUAACUUUGCUUUUGUUCACAUGUUUUGGCUGGCAUAAUCUUGGGACACCUAAUUGACCCACUUCCCUUCAACCUAUCUAGCUGAAACUUGGUACAUAGACUUGUUGCCGAUGACAACACAUUCCUUCACAAUUUCUGCCCCACCUCCAAAAAUCAGUUUUUUCUGUUGUUCAAAAUGAACAAAGAAAUAAAAUGAUACCAUUGAUUUAACAAGAAUGAAAUUCCUGAUAAUUGAGCUCAAUUGGAUUCAUAAACAUGUUGCAAGUGCGUUUAAUGCACUGCUAAUUGAGCUAAAUAUGAUUCAUAAACAUGUUGCAAGUGCCUUUAAUGCACUGCUAAUUGAGCUCAAUUGGAUUCAUAAACAUGUUGCAAGUGCGUUAAAUGCAUAAUAUAUAUUUUUUUUCUGAAAUGGUUGGUCAAAUAAAUCUGCGGUGUAAGAAUGGGCGGGGCAUUAGAAUAAAUAAUAUAAAAUAAUUUUAAAAAUGCAUGUAAAGGAUUAUAUAAAAAACUUUUAUUUUUAUCGGUUGUUGAAUUUUCUGUACAAGUCAACAAAACUAUUAUAAAAUUGAAUGUAACAUGAACUGUUGUAUCUUUUCUUGGAUACUAGCAAUAAUGUUUGUUGAUAAAUCAUUAAAGAUAUGCUGCAAUAACAAACUGGUGCUGUGUGCAUCCUCGGUUAGUCCUUGUGUCACUAUACAAUAACCUUCUAACUUCAUCAUGUUUCCAAUAUUUAUUUCAUAUCAUUUUAAGUUUUCAAUUCUAUAACAAAUAGUAAAGUUUCUUCAUUUUUUCAGAUUUGACAGUGACUUGUCGUUUGUGCUUUACAUUUAUUAUUGAAUGUUUCCCAGCCUAAAAUCUCAUUUUUAUUUGAUUUUUGAGAAAAAGAUGAUUAAGUGCCGGCAUCUAAAUUUAUUGAUGUCAUCUCAAUGCCCGGUGAUCAGUUGAUACUUUUGUCUUUGGGACUAUCUUUCUUGCCCGACUUGGCCUUUUUAUUCUUUCUCUCUUUUUCUUUCUCUCCAUUAUCUUUGUUUUUUCUUUUUUUUUGUUCCUCUGCACUUUGCCCAUCUUUUCCCGGCUUUUCUUUCUUUCCAUUUCGUUUGUUGUUAGUUUUGUCUUUCUUCUUUCCUCUUUCACUCUUCUCCUUUUUCACUUUCUCUUCUUUUGACUUUUUACCUUCUGUUCCCCUCUGGGGCUGUGGUUGAACUUGUGGUGCUGCCUCCGAAGGGUCGUUCUGUGGAGCACUAAUGCUUUCCCCAAUGUCAACCUCACCGAUUUCUGCCCAUUCUGCAUCUUGAAUGCUUCUCACAGUUCUACCGCGAAGUCUCAAUGGGCUCUCGCAAGUGACCUCCUCGUUGUCAUGGAAUUUAACAUCACUAGACACCAUCCAAUCCCUCAACCACUUUAAAUUCCUCGAACACCUCAAAGGGUUCCCAUUCAGAAUGAAUGAGGCAAGGUUGGGGAAGAUGACCCUGACUCUCGGAGUUAUCCACUGCAGGUUGUUGUAGCUGACGUCCAGCAGGGUUAGGCUGGACAUGGGGACCAGGGCUAUCUCUGGGUCAUUGAUUAUGGCCAUGAAGGCGUCCACGAGGCCAUGACUGCCCAUCAUGUGCAGCUCCUGCAGCCUCAGCAUCUCAGGCAGGAAGCUUCCCAUGAGCUCAAACUCCUCAGUGGGUUGGUAUGAAAGGAAGAGCCUGCUCAGAUUCCCGAGAUUGUGGAAGGCGCCGAUCUCUAUCCUCCUCAAAAGAUUGUUGGACAGAAAGAUGGUACUGAGACUGCCGAGAUCUGAGAAUGUACCAGCCUCCAGAGUAUGAAUGUUGUUUCCCUGGAAAUUGAGUGUGUCUAGGAAGCGCAGUCCCUUGAAAGUGUCGGGCUGGAUCCUUGUGAUUAUGUUGUUCUCCACCGUCAAGUAGACGAGGCGGGACUGGUUGCUGAAAAUUCCACUCUCAAUUUCUGCAAUUUUGUUGGAGUCCAUGUGUAUCUUGGUCAAGCUGUUGGGCAGAUCACGCGGGAUGUACACCAAAUUGUUAGACCUAAGCCACACCUGGAAAGUGUACAUUAAAAAUGUUAUUCCCUGUUGUUUCAUGGGGUUUCAGGAGCCCAGCUGGACGUUUGUAGGCUUGUUAGAGGGAAACAGAGCUUGAUAAGAGGGGAACAGAGCUUGAUAAGAGUGGAACAGAGCUUGAUAAGAGGGGAACAGAGCUUGAUAAGAGGGGAACAGAGCUUGAUAAGAGGGGAACAGAGCUUGAUAAGAGGGGAACAGAGCUUGAUAAGAGGGGAACAGAGCUUGAUAAGAGGGGAACAGAGCUUGAUAAGAGAGGCACGGACAGAAGAAACCAUUAAAAUUAGAAACCAGACUUUUGAAAAAGUAAAUGAAUUCAAAUACCUAGGAUCUUUAUUAAAUGAAAGAAAUGAAUUAAUAACAUAUAAAAGAAAGAAUACCAGCCGUAAGCAAGGCAUACUCCAGUAGUCAGAAAAUACUCACAAGUAAAAACAUUACAAGAAAACUAUUUAAAAAACUGUAAUCAGGCCAGUUGUAGCAUACGCAAGUGAAACAUGGACCCUAACAAACAUGUCAGAAAACCUUAAAAACUCAUUGGAGAGAAAAGUUCAGAGGCCUUCAGAUGCUCUGAGAGACUGCUAAUCACUGGGAUGUUGCCCUGGUAUGACCGUGUCAUGACUUACAUCUUUUCAACGAUGGUGUAUGACCAAGUCAUGACUUACAUCUUUUAAACGAUGGUGUAUGACCAAGUCAUGACUUACCUCUGCUAGCUAACAGUUUAUGCCCAUUUCAUGACUUACCUCUGUUAGCUAAUGGUGUAUGACAUCCAUGUCAUGACUUACCUCUGUGAGCAUGGUCAGGUGAGACAAGGCUCCAUCCGCAAAAAAUCUAAUCUGGUUGUCAUUCAAGGUUAACAGCUCCAGGUCUGUGAUGUUGAGGAGGUCAGUGUGGAGCACCUAGACAAAUGGGGACAUUCCUGUUAAACACAAUAUGCCAGAGGAUGUCUAAUGAUAUGCUAUGCUUUUAAAUAUGCCAGAGGAUGUCCAAUGAUAUGCUAUGCUUUUAAAUAUGCCAGAGAAUGUCCAAUAAUAUGCUUUUAAAUAUGCCAGAGGAUGUCCAAUGAUAUGCUAUGCUUUUAAAUAUGCCAGAGGAUGUCCAAUGAUAUGCUAUGCUAUUAAAUAUGCCAAAGGAUGUCUAAUGAUAUGCUAUGCUUUUAAAUAUGCCAGAGGAUGUCCAAUGAUAUGCUAUGCUUUUAAAUAUGCCAGAAGAUGUCCAAUGAUAUGCUAUGCUUUUAAAUAUGCCAGAGGAUGUCCAAUGAUAUGCUAUGCUUUUAAAUAUGCCAGAAGAUGUCCAAUGAUAUGCUAUGCUUUUAAAUACUUUUGAUUGUUUUCUUUUAAUGGUCAAAAUCUAUAUAUUUAUAAUGAUAAAUAUUUAUGUCUUUAUAUAGUCCACCUGGUUUUCAUAUCUUUGUGUGUGUGUGUGCAGUUUUCCAUUUUUAAAUAUUUAAAGUAUUCCCUAUUUGUAAACCAACAUCUCGAUUUUCUCAUUCAUACCUGACUACUUUUCAUACCUGAUUGUCUAUCAUACCUGAAUGACUUUUAUACCUUAUGCCCUAUGUACCUGUUGUAUUGCAUUCUGACCAAGUCUUAAGUCACUGACUGAUGCAGGGAAAGGUCCAGGUACAGCGCUCAGAUUGCAGCUGGACAAGUCCACCAGUUGUAGGAACUCUGUGGUAAACUCUAGACGAGGCAUAGUUGACAUGGGAUUGUUGUUCAGAGAGAGGGAUCUGUGUGGUAAAUGGUGGCAUAGUUGACAUGGGAUUGUUGUUCAGAGAGAGGGAUCUGUGUGGUAAAUGGUGGCAUAGUUGACAUGGGAUUGUUGUUCAGAGAGAGGGAUCUGUGUGGUAAAUAUUGGCAUAGUUGACAUGGGAUUGUUGUUCAGAGAGAGGGAUCUGUGUGGUAAAUGGUGGCAUAGUUGACAUGGGAUUGUUGUUCAGAGAGAGGGAUCUGUGUGGUAAAUGGUGGCAUAGUUGACAUGGGAUUGUUGUUCAGAGAGAGGGAUCUGUGUGGUAAAUGGUGGCAUAGUUGACAUGGGAUUGUUGUUCAGAGAGAGGGAUCUGUGUGGUAAAUGGUGGCAUAGUUGACAUGGGAUUGUUGUUCAGAGAGAGAGAUCUGUGUGGUAAAUGGUGGCAUAGUUGACAUAGGAUUGUUGUAGAGAGAUGGAUCUGUGUGGUAAAUGCUGUGUCUUUUAUUAACGCAAUAUUCUGCAUAUAUUUGUUUUGAAUAUUUAACAAUCUUCAACAUGAUUGCGUCCAGUGUCGAACUAUAGCAGUUUUUCAACUUCUUCCUCCAUCCUAAAUAAGUUGCUCUUCAUCCUCAUUCAUGCGAGGAUCCCAAUUAUUGUCAUUUUAUUGUCUUUUGUGUGUGGAUGACUGUGGACUUCAGUUUAACAACUGUCCCAAACUCCAAGUCAUGGGUACCCUAUUUUCACACUCUAUGUCCUUGUCAUUGGUUUGAGAACCACUGACACAAUCUCCGAGCCACAACUACCAGACAUUCAUACCCUAUAUCUAUGUGCCUCAUUUGAGAACCACUGUCCAAAACUCCAAGGCUCAGCAACCAGACGUUCAAACUUGUCUCCAUUGACAUAAGUUGGAGAACCACUGUCCCAGACCACACGACACAUCAAUCUGACAUUCAAAUUCUAAUUCCAUUUAUCCUAGUUUGAUAACCAAUCAGAAAAUACAAGCCACAAGGACCAGGCAUUCACACUCUGUCUCUAUGGACCUUAGUUUGGGAUCCACUGUUCCUUAACUCCAAGCCACUUCUACAUUCCAUGUCUAAAGGAACUCAGUCUUAAGAGAAGCCACAACAAUCAGGCAUUCACACUCUGUCUCUUUGGACCUUAGUUUGGGAACCACUGUUCCUUAACUCCAAACCACUUCUACAGUCCAUGUCUAAAGGAACUACGUCCCGAGAGAAGCCACAACAAUCAGGCAUUCACACUCUGUCUCUAUGGACCAUUAGUUUGGGAACCGCUGUUCCUUAACACCAAGCCACUUCUACAGUCGUCUAAAGGAACUCAGUCCCGAGAGAAGCCACAAAUAUCAGGCAUUCACACUCUGUCUCUAUGGACCUUAGUUUGGGAGCCACUGUUCCUAACUCCAAGCUACUUCUACAGUCCAUGUCUAAAGGAACUCAGUCCCGAGAGAAGCCACAACAAUCAGGCAUUCACACUCUGUCUCUAUGGACCUUAGUUUGAGAACCACUGUUCCUUAACUCCAAGCCACUUCUACAGUCCAUGUCUAAAGGAACUCAGUCUUAAGAGAAGCCACAACAAUCAGGCAUUCACACACAAAACACCUUAAAUAUCUGAGACUCUUAAACGCUCGGGCGUGUAUGGUGACGAUAGUGUUGCCGCGUAGGUCAAGGUUAUGUAUCCUGGUCAAGGCCGCGAGGUCGUUCUCUCCGAUGGUUCUAAUCUUAUUGUAGCCCAGAUCGAGCUGGAAGAGGUUGGGCGUCUCCUCCAGGAAGUCGAGGGUGGACAGCUUGUUUUUGCUGAUGGACAAGGUGCGCAGCUGCUUCAUGUUGCGCAGCGCCUUGCGGUGCAUGCCGCUGAUGCGAUUGUCACUGAGGUCGAGGGACAUCAGAUUGGGGAAGUAACUGAAAAUGACAGUAAUAGAGACAGUUCAAGAGACAUUCAUAGGGACAAUUAUAGCGAAAUUUAUGGGGACAGUUAUAGGGACGAUUACUGGGAAUUUGAGUGCAGAUAUAAGGGCGUUCAUAAGGACACUUUCCAUUUUCUUUAGAAAUAUUCGAAGCCUGUCUAAAAUGUAUUUCACAGAGGUCCUGUCUAAAAUGUAUUUCACAGAGGUCCUGUCUAAAAUGUAUUUCACAGAGGUCCUGUCUAAAAUGUAUUUCACAGAGGUCCUGACUAAAAUUUAUUUCACAGAGGUCUUGAAUAAAAUAUAUAUAUUGAAAUGGCUUCAUUUUGGCUAGUUUAAAAUAUUUAACAGAAACUUUGUUACUUAUUUAAAUUGUGUGUUUUGAGAGUAGAUGUGUCAUAUGUCAUUACCGUGUCAUAAAGUUGUACGUCAAAUGUGUACAGGCUCCAUUGGGAUUAGUGCAGUUUUGACAUGAUGAAGAUAGGAUUGUAACAACAGUAACAAGAACAAGAAGUAGUUAUCAUGAUUGAGUGUGUAACAUAUCAAAGUGGCCAGAUAAUGGGAUCGACCGACCUGUCGGACGACUGUGGUGAUACCAAAUGGCAUUUCCAAGUCGAUUAAACAACCCCUAAAACAAGCUUUUUGGUAGAACUACUUUUUUUCUUUCAAGUUUUAUUCUUGUCUAUUAAUAUUCUAAUGAUCAACUCGCUUUGACACCGGAGAUUCAUUUCACCAACCAUUUCAUAAAAAAAUAUUUUAAUAUUCUAAUGAUCAACUCGCUUUGACACCGGAGAUUCAUUUCACCAACCAUUUCAUAAAAAACAAACAAAAGACAAUAUUGCGCACCAAAUGCACUUGAGAUAUUUUGUUUUUCUUUCGCGAAAUCAGUGGCAUCAUAUUUCAUUCAUCUUCCCCUUGAAAAACUUGAACAACGGAAAAUUUGAUAGAAUGUGUUGUCAUCGGCAACGAGUCCAUGUGCCAAGUUUCAGGUCGAUAUGUUUACCGUGAAGUCGGUCCGCAGAUUUGUCCACACCCCCCAGCCAGAAAGAAGCACACGAAUAAGAGCGAAGUUUGUGUAAAGGAUUUUAAAAAAAAAGAAGAUAUGUUUUUACGAAGUGAUUGUUACCGGCACAUGUGAUUGUUACGGGCACAUGUGAUUUUUUACCGGCACAUGGGAUUGUUACCGGCACAUGGGAUUGUUACCGGCACAUGGGAUUGUUACCGCCACAUGUCAUUGUUACCGGCAUAUGUGUUUGUUACCGCCACAUGUGAUUGUUACCGCCACAUGUGAUUGUGACCGGCACAUGUGAUUGUUACUGCUAGUUGUGAUUGUUACCGCCACUUGUGAUUGUUACUGCCAAAAUUGAUUUUUACUGCCAAAAUUGAUUGUUACUGUCACUUGUGAUUGUUACUGCCACAUGUGAUUGUUACUGCCAAAAUUGAUUGUUACCGUCACUUGUGAUUGUUACAGGCACUUGAUGAAAUAACGCAUAUCCUAGUAAGACGUAUAAGACAUUUCAUAAGGAAAAUCUAUGUCUGGAGAUUUCAUUAUAUUUGUAGGCUAUUAGGAAAAUCUAUAUCUGGAGAUUUCAUUAUAUUUGUAGACUUUUAGGAGAAUCAAUGUCUGGACAUUGCACCUUAUUUGUAGGUAUGAAGUAGAUUUUAAGUCUGGACACUACACUAUAUUUGUAGACUUUUAGGAGAAUCAAUGUCUGGACAUUGCACUUUAUUUGUAGGUAUGAAGUCGAUUUUUAAGUCUGGAUACUGCACUAUAUUUGUAGACUUUUAGGAGAAUCUAUGUCUGGACAUUCUCCAAUACAUUCAUUGAUGACUGCUGUCAUGUGUAGAGGAACCAUUUAAAAACUUACUCUGAUAACCAUUGAUGACUGCUGUCAUGUGUAUAGGAACCACUCAACAACAAGGACGAGAUGGUGUACCUCGUAUAGAACUCUAGCCCCGGCGGCUCACCUGAAUGCGUCAUUUCUCAGGCCGGCCAACUUGUUCCCGCUCAGUUUGAGAACCUCCACGGUGUCAGCCCUGGUGAACGCCCUGGCCCCCAGCACGCGGAUGUGGUUGUCUGCCAGGUUGAUCGUGGUUGUGCCAGUGGGGUAAGACUUUGGGAGAAAGAAACAUGGAUCAGGCGGUUGUAGUUAGUAGAAAAAUCUUGAUGCAUGGAUUGGAGAAUUUGCUAUAGAAAAUUGUAUCUUCAUGUUCGUGGCUCUCGGGCCUCAUUUGUUGACCCCAAUCGGCGGCCCCCAGACCCAAUUCGGAGGCCCUCAGGCCCCAUUCGGUGGCUUUCAGGCCCCAUUCGGCAGCUCUUGGGCCUCAUUUGUUGGCUCAAGUCCCCUUCGUUGGCUCAGGCCCCAUUUGGUGGCUGAGGCCACAUUCGGUGGCUCUCAGACCCCAUUCGGUGGCUCUCAUGCCCCAUUAUGUGGCUCUCAGGCCGGAUUUGGCUGCUCUCAAGCCCUAUUCGAGUUGCAAAUAGAGUAUCUGAGAUAUCACAUGACAAUGUUAUACAUUCUUUUCUUGAGUGCAAGUGUUUGUCUUGUUUUAAUGUGCUGUAGAAUUGUCCAUAUCAUUGUGGUCAUGAAUGUUAUACAUAAAUGAAAGCCUUCUCCAGGGACAUUUUAUCCUUUAAAUAACAGUACGAUGACUAAAUGCAGAUCCGAGGACCGCGUGUUCAUCUCUCCUACUUUAAAAUGUUAAACUAUUUGAGUUGGAGACCGUUGUAGCACUAAAUCACAGAGGGAUUUCUCUAGAAGUUAUCUUUGUGCAAAGUCGCCGAGGAAUACGUCUCUAGAUGUUAUCUCCACUAAGUCACCAAGAAAUAAGAUCUUUUGAUUUUAUCUGCACUAAGACACCGAUAAAUAAGAUCUUUUGUUGGUAUCUGCACUAAGACACCGAGAAAUAAGAUCUUUUGAUGGCAUCUGCACUAAGACAUAGAGAAAUAAGAUCUUUUGUUGGUAUCUGCACUAAGAUCUUUUGAUUUUAUCUGCACUAAGACACCGAUAAAUAAGAUCUUUUGUUGGUAUCUGCACUAAGACACCGAGAAAUAAGAUCUUUUGAUGGCAUCUGCACUAAGACAUAGAGAAAUAAGAUCUUUUGUUGGUAUCUGCACUAAGACACCGAGAAAUAAGAUCUUUUGAUGGCAUCUGCACUAAGACAUAGAGAAAUAAGAUCUUUUGUUGGUAUCUGCACUAAGACACCGAUAAAUAAGAUCUUUUGUUGGUAUCUGCACUAAGACACCGAGAAAUAAGAUCUUUUGUUGGUAUCUGCACUAAGACACCGAGAAAUAAGAUCUUGUGUUGGUAUCUGCACUAAUGCACCGAGAAAUAAGAUCUUUUGUUGGUAUCUUCACCAAGACACCGAGAAAUAAGAUCUUUUGUUGGUAUCUGCACUAAGACACCGAGAAAUAAGAUCUUUGGUUGGUAUCUGCACUAAGACACCGAGAAAUAAGAUUUUUUGUUGGUAUCUGCACUAAGACACAGAGAAAUAAGAUCUUUUGAUGGUAUCUGCACUAAGACACCGAGAAAUAAGAUCUUUUGAUGAUAGCUGCACUGAGAAAUUGGAUGUUUAGAAGUUAAAUCUACAAAAAAAAAAAACUUUCUGGACUUACCCGGGGCGGCGCUGUCAGACUUCUAUUGUUGCACUUAACUUCAUUGUUAGUGCAGGAGCGGCACCGCGGGGGGCAGGUGGUUUGUGCGGGGACCAGAACAGCGAGUGUUGUUAGGUAGACCACAAGUGUGGGCAUUAGUCCGGCCAUCCUGGUAUCUGAAAUGUAUAGAGGUGGAUUACUGUGGCACUGGACAUCGUAAAUGCUGGUAUGACCUGAAAUGUACAGAGAUGGAUUACUGUGGCACUGGACAUCGUCAAUGCUGGUACUACCUGGAAUCUACAGAGAUGGAUUAUUGUGACACUGGACACCGUUAUGACUUGAAUGUGCAACACACAAUGAAAGCGGAGAUACCAGCACACAUCAUUGGACAAUAAUUGCUAUGUGUGAUACCAGCAUACAUCAUUCGGGGCUAAUUAAUAUAUACGAUACCAUCACCCAUCAUUGGGCGCUAAUUGAUAUAUCGAUACCAUCACACAUCAUUGGGGGCUAAUUGAUAUAUAGGAUACAAGCACACAUCAUUCGGUGCUAAUUGAUAUAUACGAUACCAUCACCCAUCAUUGGGCGCUAAUUGAUAUCGAUACCAUCACCCAUCAUUGGGUGCUAAUUGAUAUAUAUGAUACCAGCACACAUCAUUUGGUGCUAAUUCGUGUAUAGGGUACCAUCACACAUCAUUGGGUGCUAAUUGAUGUAUAGGGUAUCAUCACACAUAAUUGGACGCUAAUUGAUAUAUCGAUACCAGCACAUAUCAUUGGGCAGUAAUUUAUGUAUACGAUACCAUCACACAGACUUUUGGCUCUUACUGAUAGAUAAUUUAUGACUCUUGAUCAAACUAUCGCAUUUGUCACAGAGAAAUUAUGACACUUUAUUGCAGUAUCUCAAUGGUUACUGAGAAAUUAUGACGCCUUACUGAGACAUCAUGUCUAUUGUUAACAUUAUCUCUAUUGUAAUUGUUAAAUUAUUUCACUAGUAAAUCAAAAUAAUACCUUAUUUCAGCCUAACUGUGAAGAGAAACACGUUUGUAAUGUCCUGUAAGUUCCUAUGUAAGAGUUUAAUUAAAACACUAGGAUCUUGCCCUGUAAGUUCCUGUGUAAGAGUUUAUUUAAAACACUGGUGCCAUUACCUGUAAGUUCCUGUGUAAGAGUUUAUAUAAAACACUUGUGUAAUGUCCUGUAAAUUCCUGUGUAAGAGUUUAUUUAAAACACUUGUGUCAUGUCCUGUGUAAGAGUUUAUUUAAAAUACUGGUGUCAUGUCCUGUAAGUUCCUGUGUAAGAGUUUAUUUAAAACACUUGUGUCAUGUCCUGUGUAAGAGUUUAUUUAAAAUACUGGUGUCAUGUCCUGUAAGUUCCUGUGUAAGAGUUUAUUUAAAACACUUGUGUAAUGUCCUGUCAGUUCCUGUGUAAGAGUUGUCUUAACCCGUGCACACCGUCUAAACAAAUGUGAUGCGAGUAAUAAACUAAUUGCUCAGCAAGACUUAUCUACCGGUUACUUACCUCUUAAAAAAGAACACCUUCACACAAAUCAUAAGCCGCACAUCCACAACUAGUCACUCGCUCACACGCCCACGCUCACAUGCCCGCCUCCACUCCACUCACUCUCCCCUCCCACUCUCCGUUUGUUUACAUCUAAGGCCAGUUUGUUUGGAUUCCUAGCCUGGGUGCAUGACUGCACCUCAUGGCCCUGGGGGGCACUUGAUCCACCAAUCACCGUCAUACGGCAAGACUUAUUUCUCACCAUCAUACGGCUAGACAUUUUUCCCACCAACAUACGGCUAGACAUUUUUCCCACCAACAUACGGCUAGACUAAUUUCUCACCAACAUACGGCUAGACUUAUUUCCCACUAUCAUUUGGCUAGACUCAUUUCUAACCAUCAUACGGCUAGACUUUUUGCCCACCAUGAUAACGCUAGACUUAUUGCCCACCAUCAAAUGGCUAGGCUUUUUCACUCCAUCAUAUGGCUAGACUUAUUGCACCAUCAUAGGGCUAGACUUAUUGCCCACCAUCAUAUGGCUAGACUUAUUGCCGACCAUCAUAGGGCUAGACUUGUUUCCCACCAUCAUAUGGCCAGACUUAUUGCCCACCAUCAUAUGGCCAGACUUAUUGCCCACCAUCAUAUGGCCAGGCUUAUUGCCCACCAUCAUAGGACUAGACUUAUUGCCCACUAUCAUAGGGCUAGGCUUAUUUCCCACUAUCAUAUGGCUAGGCUUAUUGCCCACCAUCAUAGGACUUGACUUAUUGCCCACUAUCAUAUAGCUAAGCUUAUUUCCCACCAUCAUAGGACUAGACUUAUUGCCCACUAUCAUAGGGCUAGGCUUAUUUCCCACUAUCAUAUGGCUAGGCUUAUUGCCCACCAUCAUAGGACUAGACUUAUUCCCACUAUCAUAUGUCCAGGCUUAUUUCCCACUAUCAUAUGGCUAGGCUUAUUGCCCACCAUCAUAGGACUAGACUUAUUGCCCACUAUCAUAGGGCUAGACUUAUUGCCCACCAUCAUAUGGCUAGGCUUAUUGCCCACCAUCAUAGGACUAGACUUAUUGCCCACCAUCAUAGGGCUAGACUUAUUGCCCACCAUCAUAGGGCUAGACUUAUUUCCCACCAUCAUAUGGCCAGACUUAUUGCCCACCAUCAUAUGGCUAGACUUAUUUCCCACCAUCAUAGGACUAGACUUAUUGCCCACUAUCAUAGGGCUAGGCUUAUUUCCCACUAUCAUAUGGCUAGGCUUAUUGCCCACCAUCAUAGGACUAGACUUAUUGCCCACUAUCAUAUGGCUAGGCUUAUUGCCCACCAUCAUAGGACUAGACUUAUUGCCCACCAUCAUAGGGCUAGACUUAUUGCCCACCAUCAUAGGGCUAGACUUAUUGCCCACUAUCAUAUGGCUAGGCUUAUUGCCCACCAUCAUAGGACUAGACUUAUUGCACACCAUCAUAGGGCUAGACUUAUUGCCCACCAUCAUAGGGCUAGACUUAUUUCCCACCAUCAUAUGGCCAGACUUAUUGCCCACCAUCAUAUGGCUAGACUUAUUUCCCACCAUCAUAGGACUAGACUUAUUGCCCACUAUCAUAGGGCUAGGCUUAUUUCCCACUAUCAUAUGGCUAGGCUUAUUGCCCACCAUCAUAGGACUAGACUUAUUGCCCACUAUCAUAUGGCUAGGCUUAUUGCCCACCAUCAUAGGACUAGACUUAUUCCCACUAUCAUAUGUCCAGGCUUAUUUCCCACUAUCUUAUGGCUAGGCUUAUUGCCCACCAUCAUAGGACUAGACUUAUUGCCCACCAUCAUAUGGCUAGACUUAUUUCCAACCAUCAUAGGGCUUGACUUAUUGCCCACUAUCAUAUGGCCAGGCUUAUUGCCCACUAUCAUAUGGCUAGGCUUAUUGCCCACCAUCAUAGGACUAGACUUAUUGCCCACCAUCAUAUGGCUAGACUUAUUUCCCACCAUCAUAGGGCUUGACUUAUUGCCCACUAUCAUAUGGCCAGGCUUAUUGCCCACUAUCAUAUGGCCAGGCUGACUUCUCACCAUCACCCUCCUCCCCCCGCCCCCCCCCCACCUUUCAUACGUACAUAUUUUUCUUUAAUUUGUAUCUCCGUCUGCAGUUUUUUAGUCGGUCACUAAUGUUCUUUACAUGAAUGCAUUUAAUGCACUAAUUUCUUACCUACCAGCCUGUUGGGUUGACAAGGACGUAACUGACUGUGGGAAUGGGGAUAAGUGCCCCUUGACAUUCAUACUUUUCAAUUGCCUCCUGACUUUUAACCGGGGGUCAUUCCAAUUUUAGAAGUGUCUUGAUUUCACACCUCGUCUGAAUAUGAGAAGGUCUAGUUAAAUGGUUUAACAACAUAUUGUAAUGAUUACCACGGUGUGUACAAGAAAUACUUGGUUGUGGUGUGAUGAGCUGGGCGUACAGCAGUGGAUGUGUUACAGCAGUACACAUUUUAUGAAUUAGAUGUACACAUUGAUGGAUUAGAUGUACACAUUGAUGGGUUAGAUGUACACAUUGAUGGGUUAGAUGUACACAUUGAUGGGUUUGAUGUACACAUUGAUGGGUUAGAUGUACACAUUAAUGGAUUAUAUGUACACAUUGAUGGAUUAGAUGUACACAUUGAUGGAUUAGAUGUGCACAUUGAUUAUAGACGUACUACAAACACAUGUCAUGUUAUCAACAUCCUGUCUAUGAUCACCCCUCUACGCCCUUUCUUUAACCACUUGAGUCUCUCCCACCCCCCCUUCCCCGCCAGAAAAAAACAACAAAAAAAAAAACACCCAACUCUCUCAACAAAACAACAAUGUCAACUCUCAACAAAACAACAAUGUCAACUCUCAACAAAACAACAAUGUCAACUCUCUCAACAAAACAACAAUGUCAACUCUCUCAACAAAACAACAAUGUCAACUCUCUCAACAAAACAACAAUGUCAACUCUCCUAACAAAACAACAAUGUCAACUCUCUCAACAAAACAACAAUGUCAACUCUCUCAACAAAACAACAAUGUCAACUCUCUCAACAAAACAACAAUGUCAACUCUCUCAACAAAACAACAAUGUCAACUCUCCUAACAAAACAACAAUGUCAACUCUCUCAACAAAACAACAAUGUCAACUCUCUCAACAAAACAACAAUGUCAACUCUCUCAACAAAACAACAAUGUCAACUCUCUCAACAAAACAACAAUGUCAACUCUCUCAACAAAACAACAAUGCCAACUCUCCUAACAAAACAAUAAUGCCAACUCUCUCUACAAAACAACUAUGUCAACUCUCCCGACACCUUGCCGUUCUGUAACUCGGUGAGCACAGUUUUGUUUACGCUGAGACCAUCUCACCAGCAAAAACUAACCCAAUAGUCGUUGUUAUGUUUAAAACACUUGAAUCUUGGAUUCAGCUUCCAAAUAUAGCUGGACACAGUCAUUUCUCAACGAAGAGCUGAAACCAGCCAAAGUGCUGAAUAAGCCUAGGUGUGGAAGAUACCAGCUUCAUAGCUGAAUAAGACAGCUGUGUAUAAGAUACCAGCUUCAUAGCUGAAUAAGACAGCAGUGUAUAUGAUACCACCUUCAUAGCUGAAUAAGACAGCUGGGUAUAAGAUGCCAGUUUCAUAGCUGAAUAAGAGAGCUGUGUAUAAGAUACCAGCUUCAUAGCUGAAUAAGACAGCUGUGUAUAAGAUACCAGCUUCAUAGCUGAAUAAGACAGCAGUGUAUAUGAUACCAGCUUCAUAGCUGAAUAAGACAGCUGUGUAUAAGAUACCAGCUUCAUAGCUGAAUAAGACAGCUGUGUAUAAGAUGCCAGCUUCAUAGCUGAAUAAGACAGCUGUGUAUAAGAUACCAGCUUCAUAGCUGAAUAAGACAGCUGUGUAUAAGAUACCAACUUCAUAGCUGAAUAAGACAGCUGUGUGUAAGAUACCAGCUUCAUAUCUGAAUAAGACAGCUGUGUGUAAGAUACCAGCUUCAUAGCUGAAUAAGACAGCUGUGUAUAAGAUACCAGCUUCAUAGCUGAAUAAGACAGCUGUGUGUAAGAUACCACAUUCAUAGCUGAAUAAGACAGCUGUGUAUAAGAUACCAGCUUCAUAGCUGAAUAAGACAGCUGUGUAUAAGAUACCAGCUUCAUAGCUGAAUAAGACAGCUGUGUAUAAGAUACCAGCUUCAUAGCUGAAUAAGACAGCUAUGUGUAAGAUACCAGCUUCAUAGCUGAAUAAGACAGCUGUGUAAAAGAUACCAGCUUCAUAGCUGAAUAAGACAGCUGUGUAUAAGAUACCAGCUUCAUAGCUGAAUAAGACAGCUGUGUAUAAGAUACCAGCUUCAUAGCUGAAUAAGACUGCAGUGUAAAUGUAUUAAAUGGCCAGAAACUUUGCACAUAAACUACGAUUGGUAAACAACACCUAGAGCAGGCCGUCUUGCUGAGCUAGCGGUUUCCACUCACCUGCCAAAUGCCAGAACUGACCUUGACAUUUCUAUAAGCCGGUGGAUUCGGCGCAGAUUUCUAGAUGAUCGUUUUACGUUCAUGUUCUCUGAACAGAAGCAAAGACGUCAAGAUUUUUGACCAGCUUUUGUGGUCAGCACGCGGUGUUCCCACUUCCGGCACCGUUUGUUAGCACUCAGAAGAUCAUGGAAUGUUGAGUGGUUCUUUGAUUGUGUUGGAAUGGUGUCUGUUGGUGACGAGUACUCUCUAACCCAUUGCCCCUGUUGGUGAAGAGCGCUCUCUGACCCAUUGCCCCUGUUGGUGACAAGUACUCUCUGACCCAUUGCCCCUGUUGGUGACGAGUACUCUCUGACCUAUUAGAACAUUCUUUAUAAUGGAAUGUUGAGUGUUUUUUGGUUGUGUUGGAAUAGUAUCUGUUGGUGACGAGUACUCUCUGACCCAUUGCCCCAUUAGAACAUUCUUUAUAAUGGAAUGUUGAGGGGUUUUUGAUUGUGUUGGAAUGGUAUCUGUUGGUUUCGAGUACUCUCUGACCCAUUGCCCCUGUUGGUGACGACUACUCUCUGACCCAUUGCCCCUGUUGGUGACGACUACUCUCUGACACAUUGCCCCAUUAGAAUCUUAUUUUCGUCCCGACAAAGCCAGGCGCCUUUUUCUGAUUAAAAAAGGUGGUUCUCAAACUGGUUCCGCCUAACGAAAGAUAUAAAGCUAUGCUACCGAGCAGUGCGCCGGGCGCCUUUCAAAUGGAAGAAGGAUACCGAAAAAAAAAAAAUCAAGAAUCAUGUUGAGAAGCUUUGACCAGUCCCUCUCCUCCCCCGUCUAGUGUAAGACUUCUGCUGGAAAGCCAGGAAUGGAACAAUGAAAACAUGGCUUCUCAAUGACAAGGGCUGCUACAAAUACUUUAGGAUGCCCUGUGCUUUAAUUGUUGGAAUUGUCAAAUGUUGCCUUGGUUAAAAUAUGUAUUUAUGUGCUGAAAUAUGUAUUUAUUUAUGUGCUGAAGUAUGUAUUUAUUUAUGUGCUGAAAACGAAAAUGUACAUUGUAAUAAAAGACAACAAAUGACAUAUAUUUUCUACAAUAACCAGUCAUGUCAUAUGACAACAAAUGACAUGUAUUUUCGACACUAACCAGUCUUGCCAUAUGACAACAAAAGACUUGGGUGUCCUACACUAAUCAGUCUUGUCAUAUGACAAGAAAAGACUUGGAUGUCCUACACUAACCAAUCUUGUCAUAUGACAAGAAAAGACUUGGAUGAUCUGCACUAAUCAAUCGUGUCAUAUGACAAGAAAAGACUUGGAUGUCCUGCACUAAUCAAUCUUGUGGAGCUCACAUUAACUUGAUGACUCUACAGGACGUCUCUACCAUAAAGAGACGUUGGUUCUUGAUUUAGUUGUUUGAAGACCUCUAUCAUGGAACUAAAUCUAGCACAUGACUUGGGAUAUCAUGGGACUUUUGUCGCGCCUACACUAACAUACAUGGAUGGACAGCUAGAACAUUAUGUGGACUGGCCGGACAUUAUGUGGACUGGCCGGACAUUAUGUGGACUGGCCGGACAUUAUGUGGACUGGCCGGACAUUAUGUGGACCGGCCUUACAUUAUGUGGACUGAUCGGACAUAAUGUGGACCGGCUUUAUAGUAUGUGGACUGGCCUACAUUAUGUGGACUGGUCGGACAUAAUGAGGACUGGCCUUAUAUUAUGCAUACUGGCCUACAUUAUGUGGACUGGUCGGAAAUAAUGUGGGCUGGCCAAAGAAUAUGUGGACUGGCCGGACAUUAUGUGGACUGGCCGGACAUUAUGUAGACUGGUCGGACAUAAUGUGUUCUGGACGGAGAUUAUGUGGACUGGUCGGACAUUAUGCAGACUGGCCGGACAUUAUGUGGACUGGCCGGACAUUAUGUGGACUGGCCGGACAUUAUGUGGACUGGCCGGACAUUAUGUGGAGAAUAUGUGGACUGGGCGGACAUUAUGUGGAGUGGGCGGACAUUAUGUAGGCUGGGCGGACAUAAUGUGGGCUGGGCGGAGAUUAUGUGGACUGGGCGGACAUUAUGCAGACUGGCCGGACAUUAUGUGGACUGGCCGGACAUUAUGUGGACUGGCCGGACAUUAUGUGGACUGGCCGGACAUUAUGUGGACUGGUCGGACGUAAUGUGUUCUGGACGGAGAUUAUGUGGACUGGUCGGACAUUAUGUAGACUGGCCGGACAUUAUGUGGACUCUCCGAAAAGUAUUUGGACUGGUGGUCCUUUUUGACCAAGAGAAUCGAGCGUAACAGAUGAGUCAUUUCCAGAGAAUAGAGGAGGGGGACGAUUUCUCUGUGGUUUGUUUGGUGAGGGUGCUCCGUGAACAUGUUAGGAACCACUGUCUAAUAGUUGUAAUGUGGCGGAGAAAGCUGAUACUGAGGUUCAUACACGUGUUGGAAGGGAUGGGAAGCAAGUCCAUUUGUGUAAACAAACAGUUAUUCGGUCAACAAUUCCUGACUGAUUUUUUUCCCCUUGAGGCUAAACCCGAUUCCUUUAGAAGUGCUUGACAUUUAGAUGUUUAUCUGUCUGAUUGCUGUAACGAGGUAUUCGUUCUUAGCGAUUACUCUAACAAGGUUAUUUGCCGUACUCGAUUGCUUUGACGAGACAUUGGCUGGCAUCUUUGCUUCAAUGCGACAUUGAUUGGUAUGGUUGCUUUAAUGAGACAUUGGUUGGUAUGGUUGCUUUAAUUAGACAUUGGUUGGUAUCGUUGCUUUAAUGAGACAUUGGUUGGUAUCGUUGCUUUAAUGAGACAUUGGUUGGUAUGGUUGCUUUAAUUAGACAUUGGUUGGUAUCGUUGCUUUAAUGAGACAUUGGUUGGUAUCGUUGCUUUAAUGAGACAUUGGUUGGUAUCGUUGCUUUAAUGAGUCAUUGGUUGGUAUCGUGUCUAUAACGAGACAUUGCUUGUUAUCGUUGCUUUAAUGAGACAUUUGUUGGUAUCGUUACUUCAAUUAGAAAUUGUUCGGUAUCGAUUCUUUAACGCGACAUUGGUUGUUAACGUUGCUUAAAUGAGAUAUUGGUUGGUAUUGUUGUUUAAGGAGACAUUGGCUUUAACGAGAACCCAGACCAGCUGCUGAGGUGGCUGCCUUGGGACCUAGCAGAAUUGAUGGCUGCAGUCGAACUUGUUUUCGGCCGAGGAUGUGGUCACUAUUUUGGACAAAGAUGUGGUCACUAUUUUGGCCAUGGAUGUGGUCACUAUUUUGGCCAAGGAUGUGGUCAGUAUUUUGGCCAAGGAUGUGGUAACUAUUUUGGCCAAGGAUGUGGUCAAUAUUUUGCCAAGUAUGGUCACUAUUUUAGCCAAGAAUGUGGUCACUAUUUUGGCCAUGGAUGUGGUCACUAUUUUGGCCAAGAAUGUGGUCACUAUUCUGGCCAAAUAUGUGGUCACUAUUUUGGCCAAAGUUGUGGUCACUAUUUUGGCAAAGGAUGGUCACUAUUUUGGCCAUGGAUGUGGUCACUAUUUUGGCCAUGGAUGUGGUCACUAUUUUGGCCAAGGAUGUGUUCACUAUUUUUGCCAAAGAUGUGGUCACUAUUUUGGCAAAGGAUGGUCACUAUUUUGGCCAUGGAUGUGGUCACUAUUUUGGCCAAGUAUGUGGUCACUAUUUUGGCAAAGGAUGGUCACUAUUUUAGCCAAGAAUGUGGUCACUAUUUUGGCCAAGGAUGUGGUAACUAUUUUUGCCAAGGGCGUGGUUCCUGUUUUGGCCAAGGGUGUGGUCACUAUUUUGGCCAAGGAUGUUCGCUAUUUUGGUCAAGAUUGUGGUCACUAUUUUGGCCAAGGAUGUGGUCAAUAUUUUGCCAAGUAUGGUCACUAUUUUAGCCAAGAAUGCGGCCACUAUUUUGACCAUGGAUGUGGUCACUAUUUUGGCCAAGGAUGUGGUCACUAUUUUGGCCAAAGAUGUGGUCACUAUUUUUGCCAAAGAUGUGGUCACUAUUUUGGCAAAGGAUGGUCACUAUUUUGGCCAUGGAUGUGGUCACUAUUUUGGCCAAGUAUGUGGUCAAUAUUUUGGCCAAAGAUUUGGUCACUAUUUUGGCAAAGGAUGGUCCCUAUUUUAGCCAAGAAUGUGGUCACUAUUUUGGCCAAGGAUGUGGUAACUAUUUUUGCCAAGGGCGUGGUCACUGUUUUGGCCAAGGGCGUGGUCACUAUUUUGGCCAAGGAUGUUCGCUAUUUUGGUCAAGAAUGUGGUCACUAUUUUGGCCAAGGUUGUGUUCACUAUUUAGGCCAAGGGCGUAGUCACUAUUUUAGCUAAUGGCGUGGUCACUAUUUUGGCCAAGGAUGUGAUCAAUAUUUUGGCCACUGUCAGGAGCAUGAAGACAAUCCCCAACUUUCAAGCCACACUGUAUAGAGCAGAAUGACAAUACCCAACUUUUUUAGCGACACCGCCUAGAGUAGAAUGAGAAUACCCAACUUUUCUAGCCACACUGCCUUUAGCAGAAUGACAAUACCUAACUUUUCUAGCCACACUGCCUAGAGUAGAAUGACAAUACCUAACUGUUCUAGCCACACUGCCUAGAGUAGAAUGACAAUACCCAACUUUUCUAGCCAUACUGCCUGGAGCAGAAUGACAUUACCCAACUUUUUUAGCCACACUGCCUGGAGCAGAAAGACAAUACCCAACUUUUCAAGCCACACUGCCUCUAGCAGAAUGACAAUACCCAUUUUUUCUAGCAACACUGCCUCUAGCAGAAUGACAAUACCCAACUUUUCUAGCCACACUGCCUCUAGCAGAAUGACAAUACCCAUUUUUUCUAGCGACACCGCCUAUAGUAGAAUGAGAAUACCCAACUUUUCUAGCCACACUGCCUUUAGCAGAAUGACAAUACCUAACUUUUCUAGCCACACUGCCUAGAGUAGAAUGACAAUACCCAACUUUUUUACCCACACUGCCUCUAGCAGAAUGACAAUACCCAACUUUCAAGCCGUACUGCCUGGAGCAGAAUGACAAUACCCAACUUUUCUAGCCACACUGCCUCUAGCAGAAUGACAAUACCCAACUUUUCUAGCCACACUGCCUCUAGCAGAAUGACAAUACCCAACUUUCAAGCCGUACUGCCUUGAGCAGAAUGACAAUACCCAACUUUUCUAGCCACACUAGACAGCUGUUGGAUAGGAUUCCUAUCUUUGAUCACAGGUGUGAAAGUUGGACCAGUGCUAAACAAGACUGCUCUUUGAUGGGAUCCCAAUCUUUGAUCUGCUAUUCUGCCCGGCUUUACAAUGAUGAAACUGUGCAUUUGAUUGGUGCAUUUGAUUGGUGCAUUUGAUUGGUGCAUUAGAUCGGUGCAUUUGAUCGGUGCCGUUUUCUUUUGUGACGGCGUGCAUUGUUUACUCCUUGGAACUUGUUGUUAUUUUGUAAAUUUGGCUGCAGAUGACGUCAGUUUGGGUGGGCUGGGACGGGGGCGGCCCGGAGGUGUUACGUAACAGGGGCGUGGUUCGCUGUACUUGAUCUCACGCAGAGCUCCGUUUAUUUUCCCAUCCGUCUCAUUGUGAUGAACGUUGACCUCGCUGUCGGAUUGUUCUUUUUGUUUUCACAACUGUGUUUUCUUUUCCUCGCCGGCACACAACAUCUUAUCGGAUGCCAUCCUGUGAUUCUGUAAAGUGCACAAGACAACACGUCUCCACAACAACAGUGUCAAUUUUCACACCUAGUUUUUUUUUGGGGUGGGGGGGGGAUUUCCGUUAAAUCUUGAAAAAAUAUAAUAAAUCUCAUGGAAGCCAUACGCAAGUCCUGACAUAGCCCAUCAAACACACAUCUCACCGGUCUACACAUAGCCCAUCAAACACACAUCUCACAGGUUUUGGCAUAGCUCAUCAAACACACAUCUCACCGGUCAACACAAAGCCCAUCAAACACAUAUCUCACCGGUCUACACAUAGCCCAUCAAACACACAUCUCACAGGUUUUGGCAUAGGCCAUCAAAUACGCAUCUCACCAGUCUACAAAUAGACCAUCAAACACACAUCUCACCAGUCUACAAAUAGACCAUCAAACACACAUCUCACCAGUCCACACAUAGCCCAUCAAACACACAUCUCACCAGUCCACACAUAGCCCAUCAAACACACAUCUCACCGGUCCACACAUAGCCCAUCAAACACACAUCUCACCAGUCCACACAUAGACUAUCAAACACACAUCUCACCAGUCCACACAUAGACCAUCAAACACACAUCUCACCAGUCCACACAUAGACCAUCAAAAUCACAUCUCACCAGUCCACACAUAGCCCAUCAAACACACAUCUCACCAAUCCACACAUAGACCUUCAAACACACAUCUCACCAGUCCACACAUAGACCUUCAAACACACAUCUCACCAGUCCACACAUAGCCCAUCAAACACACAUCUCACCAGUCCACACAUAGACCAUCAAACACACAUCUCACCAGUCCACACAUAGCCCAUCAAACACACAUCUCACCAGUCCACACAUAGCCCAUCAAACACACAUCUCACCAGUCCACACAUAGCCCAUCAAACACACAUCUCACCAGUCCACACAUAGCCCAUCAAACACACAUCUCACCAGUCCACACAUAGCCCAUCAAACACACAUCUCACCAGUCCACACAUAGCCCAUCAAACACACAUCUCACCAGUCCACACAUAGACCUUCAAACACACAACUCACCAGUCCACACAUAGACCUUCAAACACACAUCUGACCAGUCCACACAUAGCCCAUCAAACACACAUCUCACCAGUCCACACAUACACCAUCAAACACACAUUCACCAGUCCACACAUAGACCAUCAAACACACAUCUCACCAGUCCACACAUAGACCAUCAAACACACAUUUCACCAGUCCACACAUAACCCAUCAAAUACACAUCUCACCAGUCCACACAUAGCCCAUCAAACACACAUCUCACCAGUCCACACAUAGCCCAUCAAAAAAACAUCUCACCAGUCCACACAUAGCCCAUCAAACACACAUCUCACCAGUCCACACAUAGCCCAUCAAACACACAUCUCACCGGCCUACACAUAGCCCAUCAAACACACAUCUCACCAGUCCACACAUAGCCCAUCAAACACACAUCUCACCAGUCCACACAUAGCGCAUCAAACACACAUCUCACCAGUCCACACAUAGCGCAUCAAACACACAUCUCACCAAUCCACACUCACUCAUCCAAGUAGUACACACUCACUCACCCAAGUAUUACACGCACACUGACCCAAGUAGUACAUACUCUCUCACCCAAGUAGUACACACCCACGUAGUACACACUCACUCACCUAAGUAGUGCACUCUCACUCACACAAGUAGUACACACUCACCCAAGUUGUACACACUCACACAAGUAGUACACACUCACCCAAGUAGUACAUACAAACUCAAGUAGUACACUCUGACUCACCCAAGUAGCACAUUCACAAGUAGUACACACACCCAAAUACUACAGUUACCCAAGUAGUACAUUCAUACACCCAAGAACUACACACUCAGCCAAGUAGAGCACACACACACUCACGCAAGUAGAACACACACGAACGCUCAACUAUGUAGUACAUACACUCAUACACACACAAGUAGUACACACCCACGUCGGGAUUUUCCGUUGUGAAAUUUUUCCUGCGCUGAGUGGAUGAGUCAAAUAUGUCAUGUCAAGCUGAUGUUUUCUUUAUAUGUCUGUGCAAUGUAAUAAUCUAACUUGACCCUGACUUGCAGGCAUGUUGAGGAUUGCUGCCCUUGAUUUGUCGACUGUAAUAUUUUUGAUGGGUCGGUAAAGGAACAUCGUGUGUAUAAACUCUAUAGUCUGAACUAGGAAUUUUCCUCUAGAUAACAUGUAUUUAAUAGAGUAUUAGUUCAAAGGGAUUGUAAAUAUGAAUAUAACAAUUUUAUCGUGCCAGCCCACCCAAAAGUAAAUCCAACAUUGAUAACAAUAAUUAUAAUCCGUCCAGAAACUGAUCAAUUAAAAAAACAAAAAUAACAAAAUAAUUAUUAUUAAGUGUUUAAAUAUAGUUCUUAUUGUAGCACUUGUGGUAGGUCUUAUUGCAUGACUUGUGGUAGGUCUUAUGGUAGAUCUUAUGGUAGAUCUUAUGGUAGGACUUGUGGGUGGUCUUAUGGUAGGACUUGUUGUAGGUCUUACGGUAGGACUUUUUGUGGGUCUUACGGUAGGACUUGCGGUGGGUCUUACGGUAGGACUUGUGGCAAGUCUUAUGGUAGGUCCGCUGCCCAUAUAAGUGUAGGUGCAGUUGUGAUGUAAGAAUACCACACAUGUGAGGCACAUGUAAGUAAGUUUGAAGGCUUCACGACACUUUGCUUACAGAGCAUCCUGUCUUUAAACGUGACUUUGCUUACAGAGCAUCCUGUCUUGAAACUGGACUUUGCUUACAGAGCAUCAUGUCUUGAAACGAGACUUUGCUUACAGAGCAUCCUAUCUUAGAACAAUACUUUGCUUACAGAGCAUCCUGUUUUCAAUUGAGUCUUUGCUUACAGAACAUUCUAUCUUGAAACGAGACUUUGCUUACAGAGCAUACUGUCUUGAAACGAGACUUUGCUCGCAGAGCAUCCCGUCUUGAAACGAGAUUUUGCUCGCAGAGCAUCCUGUCUUGAAACAAGACUUUGCUCGCAGAGCAUCCUGUCAUAAAACUUGAUCUUUUCGAAACAUUGCGUGUUUCAUUUUACUGGAUGUUUUACAAUUUUAUUUUUUAAACUUAAGUUACAGAUAUCUUUCAGCUGUGGUCAAUUCCUCAUUCAUUUUUUCGUUUUCUUGUCAUUUUAAAGUUCAAUGCCCUUCCGGCAUUUUUUGUUCCCUGUUUGUUACUUGGUUCCCCAGGAAGCAGGAAAUGGCUUAGUCCGGGGUUGUUCCCUGUUUGUUCCUUGGUUCCCCAGGAAGCAGGAAAUGACUUAGUCCGGGGUUGUUCCCUGUUUGUUUUUUGGUUCCCCAGGAAGCAGGAAAUGACUUAGUCCGGGGUUGUUCCCUGUAUGUUCCUUGGUUCCCAAUGAAGCAGGAAAUGACUUAGUCCGGGGUUGUUCCCAGUAUGUUUCUUGGUUCCCAAUGAAGCAGGAAAUGACUUAGUCCGGGGUUGUUCCCUGUUUGUUCCUUGAUUUCCCAUGAAGCAGGAAAUGGCUUAGACGGGGUUGUUCCCUGUUUGUUCCUUGGUUCCCCAUGAAGCAGGAAAUGGCUUAGACGGGGUUGUUCCCUGUUUGUUCCUUGGUUCCCCAUGAAGCAGGAAAUGGCUUAGUCCGGGGUUGUUCCCUGUUUGUUCCUUGGUUCCCAAUGAAGCAGGAAAUGGCUUAGUCCGGGGUUGUUCCCUGUUUGUUCCUUGGUUCCCCAUGAAGCAAGAAAUGGCUUAGUUCGGGGUUGUUUUUUGUUGUUGUUAUUUUUACAUGCUUUUGUUCGUAACAAAAAAAAUAACGAUAAAAGCUUUUGAAGUCUCCACUUUGAGAACCGUUCAGGGGUUUGCAAAUGGGGUAGGUUUGAAUUGCCACUCACGUUAUGGUCUGUCAUUAUUUCCCUCUCAUUAACAUUCCUGUCAUCAUUUCCCACUCCCAAUUCUGUCAUCAUUUCCCACUCCCACUUCUGACAUUAUUUCCCUCUCAUUCACAAUCCUGAAAUCAUUUCCUACUCAUUCACAAUCCUUACAUUUCUUACUCAUUCACAAUGCUGACAUUUCCUUCUCAUUCACAAUCCUGACAUUGCCUACUCAUUCACAAUACUGACAUUUCCUACUCAUUCACAAUCCUGACAUUUCCAACUCAUUCACAAUCCUGACAUUUCCUACUCAUUCACAAUCCUGACAAUUCCAACUCAUUCACAAUCCUGACAUUUCCUACUCAUUCACAAUCCUGACAUUUCCUACUCAUUCAAAAUCCUGACAUUUCCUACUCAUUCACAAUCCUGACAUUUCAUACUCAUUAACAGUUCUGACAUUUCAUACUCAUUCACAAUCCUGACAUUUCUUACUCAUUCACAAUCCUGACAUGUCUUACUCAUUCACAAUCCUGACAUUUCCUACUCAUUCACAAUCCUGACAUUUCUUACUCAUUUACAAUCCUGACAUUUCUUACUCAUUUACAAUCCUGACAUUUCUUACUCAUUCACAAUCCUGACAUUUCCUACUCAUUCACAAUCCUGACAUUUCCUACUCAUUCACAAUCCUGACAUUUCCUACUCAUUCACAAUCCUGACAUUUCUUACUCAUUCACAAUCCUGACAUUUCUUACUCAUUUACAAUCCUGACAUUUCUUACUCAUUCACAAUCCUGACAUUUCCUACUCAUUCACAAUCCUGACAUUUCCUACUCAUUCACAAUCCUGACAUUUCCUACUCAUUCACAAUCCUGACAUUUCUUACUCAUUCACAAUUCUGACAUUUCCUACUCAUUCACAAUCCUGACAUUUCCUACUCAUUCACAAUCCUGUCAUUAUUUUCCUCUCAUUAACAAUCCUGUCAUCAUUUCCUCCCCAUUUACAAUCCUGACAUUAUUUCCCACUCAUUUCAAGACAAUAUUUACCGUAACAUACUAAAAAAUGAAGUGCAUUUAUUAAAUAUUUUUGUGGUAUAAACUGAGAUGGAGAGAACAUCGGUCUAUCUUUCUGAGUGUGCUGGCAAGUGUCGUUUGUGUUACCGGCCUGAGUCUACAAUAAGGAUGCUAAACGAUAAUCAGAUUUCCGGUUAUUGCUUUCGAAACCGUUAAUAUGUUUUGAUUUUUACACAACGAUGAUUCAAUUAAAAAAAAAACAACAACUCAUUUAAAGUAUUUCUUUUUUGUAUUCCGUAAACGUUUAAUUAAAGUAAGAAGUGUUUUCAAACAAAACAGAUCGAGAAUCGAAUGGCUCAGAAGUCACGGGGCACAUCUGUUAUCAAUAUUAGUAGGCUACAGGAGUUCGCCAAAUAUGUUUCAACGGCCGCUUAUACUUUUCACAAAAGUUUGGUUUGCAUCGUAAAAACACAUGACCGGUUUUUUAAUUGAAUUCUUUAAACCGAUUACCGGUUUGCAAAAACAAAAAAACAACAACAACAAAAAAAAAACCAACGAUACUUAACAUGCGUAAUCUCUAAACGAGUCUUAGCUUUCUAACGAGACCCUCAAGAAAAUUUAGUUUCUAGAGUAUGGGGCCAAGACUUAAUUUUAAACCUGCACUCAGUGGCUCGGCGCCCCUUGAAAUCCCAUCUCUGCUCUAAAUUCACUUAAUUACUGGUUUUUGUAUCUGUAUUAACUUGUGCCAUCCUUCACCGGUAUAACUUUUAAAAUGUACUGGGAAAAAUUCACCACCAAAAAUAAGUGUUGCCCCCCCCCCUUUUUUAUAGAAAAACAUAACUGAAAAUCCAAAAGAAUAAACGUAUCUACUGGCAAAUAUUCUUAUACACAAGGAACUAGGUGAUUGACUCCAGAGUCGGUCGUUUGAUUUUUUCAGCUGUCUAGAAACUAGAUGAUUGACUCUAGAGUCGGUCGUCUGAUUUUUACAGCUGUCUAGAAACUAGAUGAUUGACUCUAGAGUCGGUCGUCUGAUUUUUACAGCUGUCUAGAAACUAGAUGAUUGACUCUAGAGUCGGUCUUCUGAUUUUUACAGCUGUCUAGAAACUAGAUGAUUGACUCUAGAGUCGGUCGUCUGAUUUUUACAGCUGUCUAGAAACUAGAUGAUUGACUCUAGAGUCGGUCGUCUGAUUUUUACAGCUGUCUAGAAACUAGAUGAUUGACUCUAGAGUCGGUCGUCUGAUUUUUACAGCUGUAUAGAAACUAGAUGAUUGACUUUAGAGUCGGUCGUCUGAUUUUUACAGCUGUCUAGAAACUAGAUGAUUGACUCUAGAGUCGGUCGUCUGAUUUUUCUACAGUUGAUUCAUUUGGGAAUGUUAUGACAGCAUUUUAAAUAUUGCACAACAAUCUAUAAAUGUGUUACAGACUUAAUACCAACGCCAAUUGACGCGUUACAGAUCCCAUAUCAACCUGUUGAUCACGUUAUCCCCCACAUAUCAACAUGUUGAUCAUGUUUCAGGCCACAUUAACCUGUUGAUCAUGUUACGCCCAACAUAUUAACAUGUUGAUCAUGUUACGCCCAACAUAUCAACAUGUUGAUCAUGUUUCAGGCAACAUCAACCUGUUGAUCAUGUUACGCCCCACAUAUCAACAUGUUGAUCAUGUUUCAGACACAUAUCAACCUGUUGAAUGCUUUACUGACCACAUAACAAACUGUUGAUCAUCUUACUGACCACGUAUCAACCUUUUGAUCAUCUUAUUGUUCACGUAUAAGCCUGUUGACUAUCUUACUGACCACGUAUCAACCUGUUGAUCAUAUUACUGACCACGUAUCAGCUUGUUGAAUUGUAGCAAAUCAAAGAUGCGCCUAUUGAUGACAUGAGCCGAGAUGUAGUUCAGCUCUUGUCUAAGUUUUAUGUAGAGAGCAAAUAGCGGAUCUAAAUAUAGUUUAUCUUUUGUGAUUAGCCCUGAUACUAACAAGGCCGUGGUUUGGUUGUUAUAAAGUUUGAUACUAACAAGACCGUGGUUUGGUUGUUAUAAAGUUUGAUACUAACAAGACCGUGGUUUGGUUGUUAUAAAGUUUGAUACUAACAAGGCCGUGGUUUGGUUGUUAUAAAGUUUGAUACUAACAAGACCGUGGUUUGGUUGUUAUAAAGUUUGAUACUAACAAGACCGUGGUUUGGUUGUUAUAAAGUUUGAUACUAACAAGGCCGUGGUUUGGUUGUUAUAAAGUUUGAUACUAACAAGACCGUGGUUUGGUUGUUAUAAAGUUUGAUACUAACAAGACCGUGGUUUGGUUGUUAUAAAGUUUGAUACUAACAAGACCGUGGUUUGGGGGUUAUGAAGCAGUAUAGCUGUUAAUGUUAUUUCCAAUUCUGUAGAGAUGAUUAAUUUUGCCGAAGUCACCUUGACCUUUUAAGUCAGUGUUGCAACCAAUAAAAUAUGCAACCAAUCCAAUGUGCAACCAAUCGAAUGUGCAACAAAUCGAAUGUGCAACCAAUUAAAUGUGCAACCAAUCAAAUCUGCAACCAAUCGAAUGUGCAACCAAUCCAAUGUGCAACCAAUCCAAUGUGCAACCAAUCCAAUGUGCAACCAAUCCAAUGUGCAACCAAUCAAAUGUGCAACCAAUCAAAUGUGCAACCAAUCGAAAGUGCAACCAAUCCAAUGUGCAACCAAUUGAAGUGAUUGGAACAAAUGCCAAGGGACCAACACUGGUUUCGUUGCUUGGAGUUAAUGGUUGUGUUCAAUUAACGGGGGCUGAGUCAGAUGGUUGUGUUCAAUUAACGGGGGCUGAGUCAGAUGGUUGUGUUCAAUUAACGGGGGCUGAGUGAGAUGGUUGUGUUCAAUUAACGGCGGCUGAGUGAGAUGGUUGUGUUCAAUUAACGGCGGCUGAGUGAGAUGGUUGUGUUCAAUUAACGUUGGCUGAUUGAGACGGUUGUGUUCAAUUAACGGGGGCUGAUUGAGAUGGUGUGUUCAAUUAACGUCGGCUGAUUGAGAUGGUUGUGUUCAAUUAACGUUGGCAUAAUCAGAUUGCUGGGGCGUUCAAUUACUUAAAAGGGGAGCAAACAGUUGCAAGGAUUUUUUUAAAAGCCACACCGGAUGUGAGGUCAUGCUGUAAUGGCUUUGGAUGAGUUUGUCUACGUUUGUACUUGAAUGCAUUUGGCUUUUAUGAUAGCUACAUGUGUACUUGAAUGCAUUUGGCUUUUAUGAUAGCUACAUGUGUACUUGAACGCGUUCAGCUUUUAUGAUAGCUACAUGUGUACUUGAAUGCAUUCAGCUUUUAUGAUAGCUACAUGUGUACUUGAAUGCAUUUGGCUUUUAUGAUAGCUACAUGUGUACUUGAACGCGUUCAGCUUUUAUGAUAGCUACAUGUGUACUUGAAUGCAUUUGGCUUUUAUGAAAGCUACAUGUGUACUUGAACGCGUUCAGCUUUUAUGAUAGCUACAUGUGUACUUGAAUGCAUUUGGCUUUUAUGAUAGCUACAUGUGUACUUGAACGCAUUCAGCUUUUAUGAUAGCUACAUGUGUACUUGAAUGCAUUCAGCUUUUAUGAUAGCUACAUGUGUACUUGAACGCGUUCAGCUUUUAUGAUAGCUACAUGUGUACUUGAAUGCAUUCAGCUUUUAUGAUAGCUACAUGUGUACUUGAACGCGUUCAGCUUUUAUGAUAGCUACAUUUGUACUUGAAUGCAUUCAGCUUUUAUGAUAGCUACAUUUGCACUUGAACAGUGGCUGUCAGACUGACAUAGAACAGCGGCUGCCAGACUGACAAAGAACAGCGGCUGUCAGGCUGACAUAGAACAGCGGCUGUCAGACUGACAUAGAACAGCGGCUGUCAGACUGACAUAGAACAGCGGUUGUCAGACUGACAUAGAACCGUGGCUGUCAGACUGACAUAGAACAGCGGUUGUCAGACUGACAUAGAACAGCGGUUGUCAGACUGACAUAGAACCGUGGCUGUCAGACUGACAUAGAACCGUGGCUGUCAGACUGACAUAGAACAGCGGUUGUCAGACUGACAUAGAACCGUGGCUGAUCAGACUGACAUAGAACCGUGGCUGUCAGACUGACAUAGAACCGUGGCUAUCAGACUGACAUAGAACCGUGGCUGUCAGACUGACAUAGAACAGCGGCUGUCAGACUGACAUAGAACCGUGGCUAUCAGACUGACAUAGAACCGUGGCUAUCAGACUGACAUAGAACCGUGGCUAUCAGACUGACAUAGAACCGUGGCUGUCAGACUGACAUAGAACCGUGGCUGUCAGACUGACAUAGAACAGCGGCUGUCAGACUGACAUAGAACCGUGGCUAUCAGACUGACAUAGAACCGUGGCUAUCAGACUGACAUAGAAAAUCGGCUGUAAGACAUGACAUGUUAUGUAGUCCCGCGUAAAGAUAUUUGCUGAAUGGUUGUACACACAAAGGUGACCAAAAAAACUAAUCAUUAACGUCUUUCAAUAUGGCACCAUUCAUUUGAGGAACCAUUUGACACAAGUCAUGGGGGAACAAUUCAAACAAUAACAUAAUCAUGGGGAACAACUCAAUAAAUACUUCUUCUUAAUUUAUUCGACCAACAGUAAAUAAAUGAAAAUACUAAAAAUAAAAAUGUUGAAAUAAAUCUGUAGGCUCAUUUUUAAUCACCUGGGUGCUUUAAUGGACAAUAUCCUAGAACCAGUGCAUCCCCCUCAGUAAAUGACCUGGGUGCUUUAAUGGACGAUAUCCUAGAACCGGUGCAUCCCCUCAGUAAAUGACCAGGGUGCUUUAAUGGACGAUAUCCUAGAACCAGUGCAUCCCCUCAGUAAAUGACCAGGGUGCUUUAAUGGACGAUAUCCUAGAACCGGUGCAUCCCCUCAGUAAAUGACCAGGGUGCUUUAAUGGACGAUAUCCUAGAACCGGUGCAUUACCUCAGUAAAUGACCAGGGUGCGUUAAUGGAGGAUAUCCUAGAACCGGUGCAUCACCUCAGUAAAUGACCAGGGUGCUUUAAUGGAUGAUAUCCUAGAACCGGUGCAUCCCCUCAGUAAAUGACCAGGGUGCUUUAAUGGACGAUAUCCUAGAACCGGUGCAUUACCUCAGUAAAUGACCAGGAUGCGUUAAUGGAGGAUAUCCUAGAACCGGUGCAUCACCUCAGUAAAUGACCAGGGUGCUUUAAUGGACGAUAUCCUAGAACCGGUGCAUCACCUCAGUAAAUGACCAGGGUGCUUUAAUGGACGAUAUCCUAGAACCGGUGCAUCCGUUCUAACCUAGAUAUCCUCACCACAGUUCAACAGAUUGGUUAAUGUGCUCCGGUAGUGUUGCCGUAACCUUUCCCGUGGCGCGUCAGACCCUGAUGGUCUAGGUCAGACACGCAGAUGCCAUCAAAAUAUUAGCAUUGUACGCUACAGCCGGACAUUGCCGUUGAAUAAUCUCAGCACUUAGUGUCUUUGUUGAUGUCUUUUGUUUGGUUAUAAGUUGAAUAAAACAUUAACAUGGAAUAAAUUGUCUGUCUUUACUUUUAUUUCUUUUUUUUUUCUAUCUAUCCUCUUGCUAACUAUUUUUCUUUCUUGUUUUAUCUUUCUAUCUUUCUUUACAUUUUUCUUCCUUACUCUCUUUCUUUUCUUCUAUCCAUCUUACUGCUUUCCAAUUUUCUUUUUUCUUUUUUUGCUUUCUUUUUUUCUAUAUUUAUUUCUCCAUUCUUACUUACUAUCUUUCUUUCUUUACAUUUGUAUUUCUUUCUUCCUUACUCUCUUUAUUUCUUUCCAUCUUUCUUUCUUUCUUUCUUUUUUUCUUUCUUUCUUUCUUUCUUUCUUUCUUUCUUUCUUUCUUUCCAUCGUAUAUCUUCAUUUCUUUCCCUUGGUCUAUCUUUCUUUUUUCAAUCCUUCUAUCUUUCUUUUUUCAAUCCUUCUAUCUUUCUUUUUUCUUUUUCCUUUCUUUCAUUCCUUCUUCCCAUCUUUCUAUCUCUCUUCCGUUCUAACUUAAUUUUUUUCUGUCCCAGUUUCCUUCCAUAUUUAUGUCUUUCUUUCCAUCUUUCUCUCUCUCUCUCUUUAUAUCUUUCUUUCUUUCUUAAUGGUCUUGAAAUGUCUUUGAAAGCCAAGACAUCAGCCUACCAAGAGAUUCCAAAGAAAACUUAAAUAUCCUGCAGUAAGAGAAAAUUUAAAAAAUGAAGAAAAAAAAUUAUAAACAAAGGGGAAAAACCCAGCAAUAAUUUAAAAGACUCAGCAAUAAUAUUCUAGGGUGGGGGGUGGGGGGAAUGAACCUGAGUAUACAUGUACUAGUCUGGUGAGCAACGAGGGUCAAGUACACAUGUAGGCCUACUAGUAACAUGAAUAGAGAGGGGCAGAUGACCGUGUACACAUGUAUCAGUCAGGUGAGCAACGAGAGUCACGUACACAUGUAUCAGUCAGGUGAGCCACGACGGUCAUGUACACAUGUACUUUUCAGAUGAAUAGAGAGGGUGGGAUGACCAUGUACACAUGUAUCAGUCAGGUGAGCAUCGAGGGUGGGAUGACCAUGUGCACAUGUAUCAGUCAGGUGAGCAACAAGGGCGGGAUGACCAUGUACACAUAUAUCAGUUAAGCAGUGAGGGUGGGAUGACUGUGUACACCUGCAUCAAUUGAGCAGCGAGGGUGGGAUGACUGUGUACACCUGCAUCAAUUGAGCAUCGAGGGUGGGAUGACCGUGUACACCUGCAUCAAUUGAGCAGUAGGGUGGGAUGAUAUUAAAGGAGCUAGGUUCUUAAUGACAUGAUGAUGAAUGCCAUCUAAAGGAAGUCAGGUCGGUCGGUGGCUUCAGUGAGAUGAUUGGUGGGUGACUUCAGCAAGAUGAUUGAUGCAUAGCUUCAGCUAGAUAAUUGGGGCGUGGCUUCAGCAGGAUGAUGGGUGGGUGACUUCAGCGAGAUGAUUUAAUUGUGACCGAUGCAUUGUGGUCAGUGGAUGACUUUAGCUAUAUGAUUUGUGACCGAUGCAUUGUGGUGGGUGGGUGACUUUACCGAGAUGAUUUGUGACUGAUGCAUUGUGGUGGGUGGGUGACUUUACCGAGAUGAUUUGUGACUGAUGCAUUGUGGUGGGUGGGUUACUGGACUAUCAGUCAUUAAUGAAUGUUGUGAACUGAUCAUUUGAAAAUGACCAUUGGUCACCACUACAGAACAUUUAUUUCAAAAUAAUCCACAGAAUAUGUAUUCUAAUAGAAUGACCAUAGAUCAGCUAUACAUAAUAUGUAUCCAAAUAGAAUGACCAUAGAUCAGCUAUACAUAAUAUGUAUCCAAAUAGAAUGACCAUAGAUCACCACUACAGAAUAUGUAUUCAAAUAAAAUUACCAUAGAUCAGCUAUACAGAAUAUGUAUCCAAAAAUGACCAUUGGCCAGCUAUACAUAAUAUGUAUCCAAAUAAAAUAACCAUAGGUCAGCUAUACAUAAUAUGUAUCCAAAUAAAUGACCAUAGGUCAGCUAUACAUAAUAUGUAUCCAAAUAAAUGACCAUAGGUCAGCUAUACAUAAUAUGUAUCCAAAUAAAAUGACCAUAGGUCAGCUAUACAUAAUAUGUAUCCAAAUAAAAUGACCAUAGGUCAGCUAUACAUAAUAUGUAUCCAAAUAAAAUGACCAUAGGUCAGCUAUACAUAAUAUGUAUCCAAAUAAAAUGACCAUAGGUCAGCUAUACAUAAUAUGUAUCCAAAUAAAAUGACCAUAGGUCAGCUAUACAUAAUAUGUAUCCAAAUAAAAUUACCAUAGGUCAACUAUACAUAAUAUGUAUCCAAAUAAAAUGACCAUAGGUCAGCUAUACAUAAUAUGUAUCCAAAUAAAAUGACCAUAGGGCAGCUAUACAUAAUAUGUAUCCAAAUAAAAUGACCAUAGGUCAGCUAUACAUAAUAUGUAUCCAAAUAAAAUGACCAUAGGUCACAGACAUAGGGGGAUGAGUAAAAAGUUUUUAAAAAAACUUUUUCUUUUUGAUUCUUCAGGACCUGAGUACUAGUAGCUUGCUUCAAGGGGAGGGAAGUCUUCUUCAAACGGAGGGUUAUCUCUUCAAGAGGAACAGCAAUGCCUUUAAGAAUUAUGUCAGGUGAGAGAUGAAUUAUGUUAGAUGAGAGAGGAAUUAUGUCAGGUGAAAGAUGAAUUAUGUCAGGUAAGGCAAAUUAUGUUAGGUGAGAGAUGAAUUAUGUCAGGGGAGAGAUGAAUUAUGUCAUUUCAGAGAUGAAAUAUGUCAAAUGAUAGAUGAAAUAUGUCAUGUAAGAGAUAAAAUAUAUCAGGUGAGGGAUGAAUUGAUCAGGUGAGAGAUGAAAUAUUUCAGGUGAAAGAUAAAAUAUGCCAGGUGAGAGAUUAUAUAUGUCAGGUGAGAGAUCAAAACAGCUUCUUUAAUUUUUACAUUGCUGCCUCACAGUUAUUUAAUGAUGACUAGACAUUGCUACCUUACAGUUAUUUAAUGAUGACUACAUUACUACUUUACAGUUAUUUGAUGAUGACUAGACAUUGCUACCUCAUAGUUAUUUAAUGAUGACUAGACAUUGCUACCUUACAGUUAUUUAAUGAUGACUACAUUACUACUUUACAGUUAUUUGAUGAUGACUAGACAUUGCUACCUCAUAGUUAUUUAAUGAUGACUACAUUACUACUUUACAGUUAUUUGAUGAUGACUAGACAUUGCUACCUCAUAGUUAUUUAAUGAUGACUAGACAUUGCUUCCUUACAGUUAUUUGAUGAUGACUAGACAUUGCUACCUCAUAGUUAUUUAAUGAUGACUAGACAUUGCUUCCUUACAGUUAUUUGAUGAUGACUAGACAUUGCUACCUCAUAGUUAUUUAAUGAUGACUAGACAUUGCUUCCUUACAGUUAUUUGAUGAUGACUAGACAUUGCUACCUCAUAGUUAUUUAAUGAUGACUAGACAUUGCUGCCUCACAGUUAUUUAAUGAUGACUAGACAUUGCUGCCUCACAGUUAUUUAAUGAUGACUAGACAUUGCUACCUCACAGUUAUUUAAUGAUGACUAGACAUUGCUACCUCACAGUUAUUUAAUGAUGACUAGACAUUGCUGCCUCACAGUUAUUUAAUGAUGACUACAUUACUACUUUACAGUUAUUUGAUGAUGACUAGACAUUGCUACCUCAUAGUUAUUUAAUGAUAACUAGACAUUGCUACGAUGAUUAGACAUUGCUACCUCACAGUUAUUUAAUGAUGACUAGACAUUGCUACCUCACAGUUAUUUAAUGAUGACUAGACAUUGCUACCUCACAGUUAUUUAAUGAUGACUAGACAUUGCUACCUCACAGUUAUUUAAUGAUGACUAGACAUUGCUUCCUUACAGUUAUUUAAUGAUGACUAGACAUUGCUACCUCAUAGUUAUUUAAUGAUAACUAGACAUUGCUACGAUGAUUAGACAUUGCUACCUCACAGUUAUUUAAUGAUGACUAGACAUUGCUACCUCAUAGUUAUUUAAUGAUAACUAGACAUUGCUACGAUGAUUAGACAUUGCUACCUCACAGUUAUUUAAUGAUGACUAGACAUUGCUUCCUCACAGUUAUUUGAUGAUGACUAGACAUUGCUUCCUUACAGUUAAUUAAUGAUGACUAGACAUUGCUACCUCAUAGUUAUUUAAUGUUGACUAGACAUUGCUACCUUACAGUUAAUUAAUGAUGACUAGACAUUGCUACCUCACAGUUAUUUAAUUAUAAAUAGACAUUGCUACCUUAAAGUUAUUUAAUGAUGACUAGACAUUGCUUCCUUACAGUUAAUUAAUGAUGACUAGACAUUGCUACCUCAUAGUUAUUUAAUGUUGACUAGACAUUGCUACCUUACAGUUAAUUAAUGAUGACUAGACAUUGCUACCUCACAGUUAUUUAAUUAUAAAUAGACAUUGCUUCCUUACAGUUAUUUAAUGAUGACUACAUUACUACUUUACAGUUAUUUGAUGAUGACUAGACAUUGCUACCUCAUAGUUAUUUAAUGAUAACUAGACAUUGCUACGAUGAUUAGACAUUGCUACCUCACAGUUAUUUAAUGAUGACUAGACAUUGCUUCCUUACAGUUAAUUAAUGAUGACUAGACAUUGCUACCUCACAGUUAUUUAAUGUUGACUAGACAUUGCUACCUCACAGUUAUUUAAUUAUAAAUAGACAUUGCUACCUUAAAGUUAUUUAAUUAUGACUAGACAUUGCCACCUCACAGUUAUUUAAUUAUAAAUAGACAUUGCUACCUUAAAGUUAUUUAAUUAUGACUAGACAUUGCUACCUCACAGUUAUUUAAUUAUAAAUAGACAUUGAUUCCUUAAAGUUAUUUAAUUAUGACUAGACAUUGCUACCUCACAGUUAUUUAAUGUUGACUAGACAUUGCUACCUCACAGUUAUUUAAUUAUAAAUAGACAUUGCUACCUUAAAGUUAUUUAAUUAUGACUAGACAUUGCCACCUCACAGUUAUUUAAUUAUAAAUAGACAUUGCUACCUUAAAGUUAUUUAAUUAUGACUAGACAUUGCUACCUCACAGUUAUUUAAUUAUAAAUAGACAUUGAUUCCUUAAAGUUAUUUAAUUAUGACUAGACAUUGCUACCUCACAGUUAUUUAAUGAUGACUAGACAUUGCUACCUCACAGUUAUUUAAUUAUAAAUAGACAUUGCUACCUCAUAGUUAUUUAAUGAUGACUAGACAUUGCUACCUCACAGUUAUUUAAUGAUGACUAGACAUUGCUACCUCACAGUUAUUUAAUUAUAAAUAGACAUUGCUACCUCAUAGUUAUUUAAUGAUGACUAGACAUUGCUACCUCACAGUUAUUUAAUGAUGACUAGACAUUGCUACCUCACAGUUAUUUAAUGAUGACUAGACAUUGCUACCUUACAGUUAUUUAAUGAUGACUAGACAUAUUUUUAAAUGUGGUAAAUUAUAGAUUUGUUUUUUGUUGCCUUUGUACCGCGCUUCGAGCCUUUGGGGAUGAAGCGUGUUUUUGAAAUGAACUUUAUUAUUAUUAUUAUUAUCAAGUAUUUGAUUUUAAAAAUUACUUUGGGAUUAUAGGACUACCUAAAUUGCUUUGAGAUUGCUGACUGAGACAUUUGCAAAUAGCUAAUGACUUGUUUCAAAAGUACCACAUUACAACACAAUAAGCAUUACUUCGUUCUGUGCCAUUACUACACAGCAGGUAGUAUUUUAACUUCAUAUGGAUAGAUCACCCCAUAAAAUCAACAAAAUAGCUAGAUAUGUUACCAGAGAUGUUGAGCUCGCUUUCUGCACCUUCUCCAACCGGACAUAUUUUUGUCCCCUCCAUUGCCAGCUUUGUCAAAAUUAAAAAGUGGGAAGGGGUGGUUGGAGGGUAGGGGAGGAGGAUGCUAAGUGUUAAAAGAAAUGUGUUCAUUAUGUUCCCACUCCAUCUUAUUAACUGGGCGUUAGAAGGUUAGAAGUCACGUACCAGCAACAGGACAGGCAGAUGAGGAGGCAGAUACAGCGGUGAGAAGUGAAUGUACCAGCAACAGGACAGGCAGAUGAGGAGGCAGAUACAGCGGUUAGAAGUGAAUGUACCAGCAACAUGACAGGCAGAUGAGUAGGCAGAUACAGCGGUUAGAAGUGAAUUUACCAGCAACAUGACAGGCAGAUGAGUAGGCAGAUACAGCGGUUAGAAGAGCAAGGGAAACAAAGCUGGUAGAAGGGUGGGGGCAACAUAGAUGAAGAAGAGUGGUGGGGGAGGGGACAGCUGGUAGAAGAGUAGGCCAUCACAUAUCAAAUAUAAUUGAUUAAUGUUUAAAAAUUAAAAAAUACAAAUGAUACUUUAAAAAAAAAAAAAUUAAUUUCUUAUAAUUUUUUGGAACUCGGAGCUGUAAGAAAUUUUAUAAUCUCCAGUUUCAGACAAAUAGACCCUGUUCCAGAGCCCCACGCUCCAGUUCUAAGCUCUGCUCCAAAUCUCUUGAUUCAUUUUGUCAUGAUACAAAAUAAUAAUUACCAGUAACGUAUCCAUUAUAAUUAGUCCAUCAUACUUUUAUGUUUCCUAUUUUGAACAUAUUGUCUGCAGGCGGUGGUUUUCUAUCCAAGACAGUCAGCUUGUCUACCGUAAACGUACCAAAGAUACACUGACCAUCAUGGAGGAUGACCUCAGGUUGUGUACGAUACGCCAGCCAGUGGAGUUUGAUAGGAGGUUCUGCUUUGAGGUUUUGUCACCAACCAGGUUUGUAGUUCUCUAUCGACCCCCGUCAUGGUUUGUAGUUCUCUCAGCGACCCCCAUCAUGGUUUGUAGUUCUCUAUCGACCCCCAUCAUGGUUUGUAGUUCUCUCAGCGACCCCCAUCAUGGUUUGUAGUUAUCUCAGCGACCCUCAUCAUGGUUCAACUCUUGAAUAUAUUGGGAUGUAAGCAUUGUAUAGGUCUUCUUCUUCUUUAUUUUAAGGGCCCACGAUCAAUGAAUUGAUCAUUCUGGCUCCUAUGUUUCAGAGGGGUUUGCGAUGUGUAAGCAGUGUAUAUGUUGGAAUAUAAUCUUUGAAUAUAUGGAUAUGUAAUCAUUGAAUGUGUGGAUAUGUAAGCAUUUAAUAUGUUGGGACGUAAGCAUUGAAUAAACAAUGAUGAAAGCUGACCCAGGCUUAUGUGGGUUGAGACCAUUUGCAGACGCCACUUGUCCUAUGCUGUUUUGCCCCUGGGACAUAAAGCGACCGGCCAUAGAACAUGUGUCUGAGGGCUUUUAUCUGUAGAACUUGUGUCUGGGGGCUGUUAUCUGUAGAACUUGUGCCUGGGUGCUUUUUCCUGUAGAUCUUGUGCCGGGGGCUUUUAUCUGUAGAACUUGUGUCUGGGGAUUUUUAUCUGUAGAGCUUGUGUCUGGGGGCUUUUAUCUGUAGAACUUGUGUCGGGGGCUUAUAUCUGUAGAGCUUGUGUCUGGGAGCUUUUAUCUGUAGAACUUGUGUCGGGGGCUUAUAUCUGUAGAACUUGUGUGGGGGCUUUUAUCUGUAGAGGGUGUGUGGGGGGGCUUUUAUGGGAGGUCUUUUAUCUGGGGUGGGGGAACUUUUGUCCAGCAUCUGUUUCAAAAUGCUAAAUAUAUCAAUGUAAAAAAAGGGAAAGGUUUAGUCCAUAUCAAUGUAUCAACUUUGGCAAUGAUGUGGCACUAAUAAAGAAGAACCCACUGACCAACUCUUAUGUUGUAGAUGCUCGUAAAACUGCAAUAUUUUCAUAAUCACCUGUGAAUAUAAAUUAUACAUUUCUAUUUAAAUAAUUUCUUUAUCAACAUUUGGGCAAAGGGCAAGGGCAAAUUGGCCCAGAGGGGAAAUGGCAGUGGCAAAUCAUCAUAGUUCCGAAUAAAGAAACUAAGCAAUGAAUUUAUUGUACUCCAUGUGGUUGUCAUGCAGACAUUGUCUGUUCCAGGAGCCACAUCCUCCAGGCGGACUCAGACGAAGAAUGUCAACUGUGGGUCAAUGCCUUAAAUUUCAGCAUCAGCCACGCCUACAAGGAGACUAUGCACAGUCAAGAAAAGGGGGUCAGUUUCUGAACAUAAUUACCUCAUAAAAGACAUUCUUUGGAUAGUGGAUUUUACAAGAGUGAAAAACUUUAUUAAAAAAAUUAUGUAGUAGUUUAUAUAGCAAUUUAUAAAUGUAAUAUUAAAACUUAGAUUCUAAAUAUACUAAAAAUGAGAAGACAUAAAGCAGUAAACUUAAUUAGCAACAACAGAACAUCUUGAUAUACUGAACAGAACAUCUUGAUGUACUGAACAGAACAUCUUGAUGUACUGAACAGAACAUCUUGAUGUACUGAACAUAACAUCUUGAUGUACUGAACAUAACAUCUUGAUGUACUGAACAGAACAUCUUGAUGUACUGAACAGAACAUCUUGAUGUACUGAAAAGAACAUCUUGAUGUACUGAACAUAACAUCUUGAUGUACUGAACAGAACAUCUUAAUGUACUGAACAGAACAUCUUGAUGUACUGAACAGAACAUCUUGAUGUACUGAACAUAACAUCUUGAUGUACUGAAAAGAACAUCUGGAUGUACUGGACAGAACAUCUUGAUGUACAGAACAGAGCAUCUCGAUGUACAGAACAUUUUGAUUUACAGAGAAAGCAUUAUUUACUUCCAAUCAAACUAUUGGGGUUCAGCUUCAACAUCCAGUUUAACAAUAUGUUAAGUGUAGGGAUGUUGAUGAUGGCUUUUUGGCCCAACCAGUCAUGGGUUUCUACUAUGCAUUUCCAACCGGUCAUGGGUUCGUACUAUGCAUUUCCAACCGGUCCACUGAGCAAGAAAAAAAGAAUAACCAGGUUGUUUGCCAUCUUGUAACAUCCUUAGUUUAGAGGUAAUAACUUAUUUGUGGACCACCAAGAAAGGUCAAGGACAGGUUGAGAACCACUGAUAAGUGUAUCAUUUCCAUUUGUUGAUCAUUUUUAAAUAUUAAACAAAUUCCCAAGCUUAAAACACAUUUUUUUUUCUGGUUUUAUUUAAUUUCCAAUUGUAUGCACAUUUUUCAAGGAAAAUUUUUUACAAUAAACUGAACUUUUUUUUUUGUUGGUGACCAAAUUUGUCCAGGAGAGCAAAAGAAGUUCCAGCAGCUCCUCUAAGGACUCCACUAACGCUGGGCCACCUCCAGCAGAACCUAAACAGAACAAAGCCAGAGUGUAAGCAAUUUACAUUGUAACAAUGGGCCACUGAUAAGUCGAUAAGUUGUAUAUAUAUCGUAUUUAAUGACACUGGCGAAUGCUGGGAUGUAGGAUGUCAAAGUCGAACAUGUAGGAUGAUUGACAUAAGUCAACACACUUGGGUUCAAAGAUAUGUAAUCAUUUAUUUGUCUACAUAUUCUACUUCAAUCAGUAUAUAUUCUAUCCUACGCCACACUAUUACACUAGGAACAUGUUCUAUCCUAUGCUACACAAGGAAUCUUCUUCUUUUUCUAAAUUUGGAGGGCCCAGGAUCAAUUAAUUGAUCAUUCUGGCUCCUAUGUUUCAGAGGGGUUUGUGAUGUUACUGUGCAUGGGUUUCAAGGGGAUACUUCACUGGUUGCAAGGGCUACUCAGCAGUGGUGUUACGAACUGGGGGUUGGAAUACAGGAGGCAAUAGACACAAAUGUGUCGAGUGUAGGCGCCUCAACUGUUGCUUUUGGAAGCUUGUUCCAGUCCCCUAUUCUCUUCGGUAGGAAUGAGGAGCUCCUGUACUUUGUUCUUGUUUUUUACCAGCCGGAACUGUCUGUCGUGGCCUUGUCGCUGUCUAGGGGGAAGAUGAACGAGUUUCUGUUUGAUUCUGGAGCAGUGGACCAGCCCAUUUUUUAUCUUGUACAACAUGGUGAGCCAAUAUUGACCAGCCCAGUGUUUUUAGCAUGCUGCUAACACUUGAGGUGUUUCUGUAGUGGUUUAGGACAAAACAUGCCCGUCGCUGGACCGCCUCCAACCUGUCGAUGCUUUUCUGGGUAAAUGGGUCCCAGUCUGUAGAAGAGGUAUUCUAAAAUAGGCCGGACAAAGGCUAUAUAGGCUUUUUCUUUCACGCUUGAGUUGCCGAUCUUCAGAUUGCACCUUAGGAACCGGGUCUUGUUUGCCCGGUUGCACACACUGUGUGUCUGCGAACAGUCUUGCUUGAGAGUUCAGUUUCUCGGGCAGAUCAUUGAUAUAAACAAGGGCCUAGCACUGAGCCCAAGGGGACCCCUGCCUUAACACUGACAAAGGAGGAUUCCUGACCACGCUUACGAUUAUGUGCUCCAAUAGUUUACAUACUGCGCUGGUGAGGGAUACAGGGCGGUAAUUGGCUGGGUCGUAAUGCUCUCCUUUUUUUGUAGAUUGGAGUGACAUACACUGUUCUCCAGUCAGUUUCCUGUGAAUAGCCACGAUUGGAAGAGGAUUGUUAGUGCAGGAGCGAUCUCAUUGGCCAUUGAAAUUUGUUGAACACAAUCAGACACAGCCAAAAGAUCCAGCUGGUUUUUAAAAAAAUGUCAUAUCUAAAAAACAAAGAAUAAAGUUCAAAGGAAAAUACCAACCAACUCUCAACUAAGACUGAACUAAUGCUCAAAGGACAAGACCAACUAAGACUGCACUACUUGACUCACACCUCCUCCCACACUGUAUUUCUAUCCUUUCCCUCCCAGCAUGGCUUGAAUUUAUCCUCAGCUCACCUGUAUUUCUCAUGUCUCUCAUGGUGAGAUGAGCUUUUAGUAACACCUCCCCUCCCCUUUGCCACCAUGGCAAUACCAUACUUCUUGAUGACUCCAAACCUUGACACAAUGCAUUCAUCCUACCUCAGGGCACUGGUCAGUUGAACCGUGUCCUAUCUUAGGGCACUGGUCAGUUGAACCAUGUCCUAUCUCAGGGCACUGGUCAUUUGAACCGUGUCCUAUCUUAGGGCACUGGUCAGUUGAACCAUGUCCUAUCUCAGGAGAGUGGUCAUUUGAACCAUGUCCUAUCUUAGGGCACUGGUCAGUUGAACUGUGUCCUAUCUUAGGGCAGUGAUCUGUUGAAUCGUUUCCUAUCUUAGGGCAGUGGUAAGUUGAACCAUGUCCUAUCUCAGGGCACUGGUCAGUUAAAUCAUGUCCUAUCUUAGGGCAGUGGUAAGUUGAAUCAUGUCCUAUCUUGAGGCAGUGGUCAGUUGAACCAUGUCCUAUCUUAGGGCAGGGCAUUGGUCAAUAGAUGUCUGUCCUGUCUCAAAUUGCUGAUACAUUGAACUUUGCCCUGUCUUAAGGCACUGGUUUGUGGACCUUAGUUACCAUUAGAAAUAAUAUAUCUGGAUGUUCAUAAACCUAUGGUUAUUAUUUACUUGUUUAUUUCUGUACAGGAAUACUCAAGAAAACACUAAUUUGUAACACACUUCUAAACUAAUUAUAAUACACUUCUAAACUAAUUUGUAACACUCUUCUAACCAAUUUGUAACACACCUCUAAUCUAAUGUAUAACACACCUCUUAACUAAUUCUCUCUUCUGUUUCUCUAGCCGCAUGGAGCAGCUCCUGGUUAUCCCAGGGAAUUCCCAUUGCUGCGACUGUGGAGCUCCGGAGCCUCGGUGGGCCAGCAUUAACCUCGGUAUAACUCUAUGCAUAGAAUGCUCAGGAAUACAUCGUGGCUUUGGCGUGCAUAUGUCAAAGGUAAUUUUUGGCCCUCAUGUAUUGAAUUCAACAUGUAAAUUACAGUUACCAGUAUGAUUACAACAAUCUUACACACCAGUUUCAUGUGUGUGAAGUGUAUAUGGUGUGAUUACAAAUAUAUGUUUCAAAACACUCUCAAAUAAUAUUCUCAGUCAAAUCAUCUUCCUAUCUGGAGAUAGGCAAACUGUUCGGACUGCUAGGUCAUUUCAUUUGGUCAAGAAGGCACAUAAGGUCAUUUCAGGGGGGUCAAGAAGACACACUAGACCUUUUAAGUGGAUCAAGAAGACACACUAGGUCAUUUAAGUGGCUCAAGAAGGCACACUAGCUCAAAUGAGGGGGUCAAUAAGACACAUUAGGCCAUUUGAGGGGGUCAAGAAGACACACUAGGUCAUUUGAGGGGGUCAAGAAGACACAUUAGGUCAUUUGAUGGGUUCAAGAAGACACACUAGGUCAUUUGAGGGGGUCAAGAAGAUACACUUGGCCAUUUGAUGGGUUCAAGAAGACACACUAGGUCAUUUGAGUGGCUCAAGAAGGCACACUAGGUCAUUUGAGGGGGUCAAGAAGACAAACUAGACCCUUUGAGGGGGUCAAAAAGACACACUAAGUCAUUUGAGUGGGUCAAGAAGGCACACUAUGCCAUUUCAUGGGGUCAAGAAGACACACUAGGCCAUUUGACGCGUUCCAGAAGACACACUAGGUCAUUUGAGGGGGUCAAGAAGACACACUAGGUCAUUUGAGGGGGGUCAAGAAGACAUUAGGUCAUUUGAGGGGGUCAAGAAGACACACUAGGUCAUUUGAGGGGGUCAAGAAGACACAUAAGGUGAUUUGAGGGGGUCAAGAAGAUACACUAGGCCAUUUGGUGGGUUCAAGAAGACACACUAGGUCAUUUGAGUGGGUCAAGAAGACACCCUAUGUCAUUUGAUGAUUUGAGAGGGUCAAGAAGACAAACUAAGCCAUUUUAGGGGGUCAAAAAGACACUAGGUCAUUUGAGUGUGUCAAGAAGGCACACUAUGCCCUUUCAUGGGGUCAAGAAGACACACUAGGCCAUUUGACAGGUUCAAGAAGACACACUAGGUCAUUUGAGGGGGUCAAGAAGACACACUAGGUCAUUUGAGGGUGUCAAGAAGAUACACUAGGUCAUUUUUUGAGGGGUUCAAGAAGAUACACUAGGCCAUUUGAGUGGGUGAAGAAGGCAAACUAGGCCAAUUCAUGUUGGCAAGAAGGAACAUUGGGUCAUUUGAGGGGGUCAAGAAGAUACACUAGGUCAUUUUUUGAGGGGUUCAAGAAGAUACACUAGGCCAUUUGACAGGUUCAAGAAAACACACUAGGCCAUUUGAGUGGGUGAAGAAGGCAAACUAGGCCAAUUCAUGUUGGCAAGAAGGAACAUUGGGUCAUUUGAGGGGGUCAAGAAGACACACUAGGUCAUUUGAGGGUAUCCAGAUGGCACACUAGGUCAUUUGAGGGGGUCAAGAUGGCACACUAGGUCAUUUGAUGGCGUCAAGAUGGCACACCGGGUCAGAAAAUACAAGGUGUCCAAGCCAAGGUUGUUUUAUUCAUUAAUAUGGCAACAUUGCUGGGAAAUAUGAUGUUGCAUGUUCUUAGAGACAGAUACAACAUCAGGUUCUAAUAAUGUGUUCAGCUCCAGAAUGUCAUUAAGGUCAUCGUUAGUGAGCACAAGGCUUUGUUGCAACUUUGGGUGAAGAAUAAUUGGUCAGUCCUUUCAGGUUUGAAGACAUGACAUUCAAGGUCAACCUUCCUAAGACUUGUAACUUUCCGUUGCUUCCACUCUUUAGACAUAGUCAUUGUUGUUGCUGUCAAGACUUGUAGCUGCCCGUUGCUUCUACUCUUUAGACAUAGUCAUUGUUGUUGCUGCGAGAGAACACGAUGCCAGUUAUAAAACCAUGAAAUAAAAUUGUGAGUGCUCUAAUGGGAUGAGAAUCUACGCUCCCAUUCUACAUUCUUGGAAUUGCUUCACACAUCACAGUACACAAACAUGUGCAAAACACAUGCCCUGACCCCGGCGAGAGGUGAAUGAAUCGGAGACAAGAGAGUGAACUUGUUUACAACACAACAUUCAUCAUCCCUCCCCGGUCAGGCACUUCUGUUUCAUCAGUUCUAAAAAUAAACACGAGCCACAGCUUGAGUUGAAGAGGAAGAAAACUGUAACAUUUCCAUUGGGCCCGAUGGAACAAUAAAAAAUGAGGUUGGCGUAAGGCCGAUCUGGAAUGUAACGUAGCACGUAUCUGCCGGAGUUUGCCAACUUCUGUUAUAGAUGAACCACUUCCUGGCGUUUCUAAUGUCCAAGGACCCCUAAUUUUUUAAACAUCCAUUAAAUGAAUAAAUUAUCUCAAUUUAGUACCUGCUUAUAAAGAAUUAUUUGAAAUAAGCUCAAACACGUUAUUAAAUCUUUCAAAUUAUUUCUCAUGGAAUUAAAGCUCUGUUCUUAAAAUGUAUUGCAGGUACGUUCUAUCACCUUGGAUACCUGGGAGCCAGAACAUUUGAAAGUCAUGUUAGAACUGGGUAACAAUGUGAUCAACCGUUGCUAUGAGGCGGAUGUGGACGAGACGAUAGCUGUGAGAGCUCAGCCAGACUCCAAUAGGUAGGACUAGAUGGGAAUAUAGGACCAGGCAGGGGUGAUCAGCCAGAUUCCAAUAGGUAGGACUAGAUGGGAAUAUAGGACCAGGCAGGGGUGAUCAGCCAGAUUCCAAUAAGUAGGACUAGAUGGGAAUAUAGGAUCAGGGAGGGAUGGCCAGCCAGAUUCCAAUAAGUAGGACUAGAUGGGAAUAUAGGAUCAGGGAGGGAUGGCCAGCCAGAUUCCAAUAAGUAGGACUAGAUGGGAAUAUAGGAUCAGGGAGGGAUGGCCAGCCAGAUUCCAAUAGGUAGGACUAGAUGGGAAUAUAGGACCAGGCAGGGGUGAUCAGCCAGAUUCCAAUAAGUAGGACUAGAUGGGAAUAUAGGAUCAGGGAGGGAUGGCCAGCCAGAUUCCAAUAAGUAGGACUAGAUGGGAAUAUAGGAUCAGGGAGGGAUGGCCAGCCAGAUUCCAAUAGGUAGGACUAGAUGGGAAUAUAGGACCAGGCAGGGGUGAUCAGCCAGAUUCCAAUAAGUAGGACUAGAUGGGAAUAUAGGAUCAGGGAGGGAUGGCCAGCCAGAUUCCAAUAAGUAGGACUAGAUGGGAAUAUAGGAUCAGGGAGGGAUGGCCAGCCAGAUUCCAAUAAGUAGGACUAGAUGGGAAUAUAGGACCAGGGAGGGAUAAGCUUAUGUCAGAACAUUUAAUGAUCGGGAUAGUGGGGCCCAAAGGAGAAGAUGAUUAUGUGGGCCAAGUGAGGAUAAGACUAUAGUGUUAGAGGAGAAGAGGAUUAUGUGGGCCAAGUGAGGAUAAGACUAUAGUGUUAGAGGAGAAGAGGAUUAUGUGGGCCAAGUGAGGAUAAGGCUAUAUUGUUAGAGGUGAAGAUGAUUACGUAGUUCAGUUGAAGAUAAGGCUAUAUUGUUAGAGGAGAAGAGGAUUAUGUGGGCCAAGUGAGGAUAAGACUAUAGUGUUAGAGGAGAAGAUGAUUAUGUAGGCCGGGUGAGGAUAAGGCUAUAUUGUUAGAGGUGAAGAUGAUUACGUAGUUCAGUUGAGGAUAAGGCUAUAUUGUUAGAGGAGAAGAGGAUUAUGUAGUUUGAGGAUAAGUAAGAAGAUUAAGGAUAAAGUAAAGACCAAGUUAAAAAAUAGAUGAAUGUCAAACAAAUAUAUGACUGCCUUAUUUAACAUCUGACUAUUGCCCCCUCCCCUCCCCAGGAGCGUGAGAGAGAACUGGAUCAGGGCAAAGUACGUCCAAAAAGCUUUCAUCAAGCCACUUCCAGGUGUCAAUAAGUCCAACAUGGCACGGAAGUGGAGUGUUCGUAAGAAGACGAGGCGGUCUCCCGCUCGCUCCCUCAUCAAGAGCUCCUACACAGAGUCCAGCCUGAAGGACUCGCUCGGUUCCAAAGGUGGAGACUCCCUGUCGCACUCUGACCCCGAUCUGACCUCUGGACUUAUGGAAGGUGGAGACAUUGGGGCGCGUGGAGGUUUUUAGCCGCUUUUUGCUUUCUGUGCCAUUUGUCUUAGACCCAACAUUGGUUUAAUCUUAUUUUUUAACAUUUAUUUUCCCAUUUCUGUUGGUUUUUUGAGUCUUUGUGCUUAAGUGAAAAGAGUAUCUUAAAACCUUCUUGUACUGACCUAAUUUUUUUCUAUGUAUAGCAUCAGUACCGGCUAUUAUUUUGCUAAGCACUCCCUGUGGCUCAGACAUUAUUUUGGAAUGAGCCAAAAUUUGAUAGGUUUGCAAAUUAUUUUGUAACUUUUGUGUUUUAAAGAAUUGAUUGUAACAUGUAGAGAAUUAUCUGUUCAGAAAUGGGUCAGGGUGUUCAAAUCACUAAUGGGUUUUUUUAUUCACAAUUUUCAUUGGCAAUGGCACACUAGCGAUUUAUGUGGUCAGCACAGAGCCAAGCCGCUUUUACUCCAGUCCAUCUUCAUCUGAAUCAAUAUCUAGGUUGGCACUAGGUCUAAAACCUGUAGGUGUAAAUUUUGAGCUAAAGUAGGCCCACUUCCUUGAGCUAAAGUAGGCCCACUUUCUUGAGCUAUAGUAGGCCUGGGCCCACUUCCUUCAACAAUUUCAUCCCCCUCUUCCACAUCAGAAUAAUCUAAUCCCAAUAAAAGCUCAAUAAUAGUUUCAGAACAAAAGGUUUCAUCAAGUGCGCGUAGGUCGUCAUCAACAAUAGCGCUAGCUGGCGCUAUUUUGGAAGCAACUAAUACAGAUCAGCACAACAAACUCAGUAAUUGGACGAUUUUCAUAAUUUAUAAGGCAAAAUAAAAUUCUACUAUUCCCCUAACAAAUAAACAUUCUGCCCGAGACUGGCGUGAAAGGUUAUUUCCUUGUUUUUGUGUUUAGAUUAGAUACGGCUCUGUGGGGCAAACAGACUUAGAUUAGAUACCGCUUUGUGGGGCAAAGAGAAUUAGAUUAGAUACCGCUCUGUGGGGCAAAGAGACUUAGAUUAGAUACCGCUCUGUGGGGCAAAGAGACUUAGAUUAGAUACCGCUCUGUGGGGCAAAUAGACUUAGAUUAGAUACAGCUCUGUGGGGCAAAUAGACUUAGAUUAGAUACCGCUCUGUGGGGCAAAUAGACUUAGAUUAGAUACCGCUCUGUGGGGCAAAGAGACUUAGAUUAGAUACCGCUCUGUGGGGCAAAGAGACGUGCUUGGGCCACAGGGGAAAAAAUCGGCUGGUGAGAAAAGACGUGCUUGGGUCACAGGGAAAAAAGUAGGUCACUGCAAAAAGACACGUCCGAUGCUGUAAGGGUUAACGAUCUCCCAUGUGACAUUGCACAGCCUAGUAUUGAAUACCCAUUGUGUUUUAAACUGCUUAUAAUGCUUUAGUGUUGCUUAUUGCUGGUUGAUACAUUCAGGCCAAUAUUUUCUCCAUGUUAUUUUGACCAUCUGAAAGGAAGUAAGAAAAUUAAAUCUCAGCCACACAGAUAUGAUAAAACAUUUCAGAGAAGGCACAUGUGAUCCUGUCUCAAUAGAUGAAAAUAAAUCUUUAAAUACACACAAUGGAACUGGUUUCUUUGUCGUAGAGAUUUCUUUUUUUAAUUGAUGAAAUUUUCCAGAGAACUUUUCCAGGGCACCAUCGUCACAAUAGAGUUCAUUUUAUUUUUAUGUUCCUCUGAGCUAGCAUGCACAAUGCUAACAUUUUAAUGCAUACAAAUAGUUCAUUGUCAAUAAUAAACUCAGCCCAACUUAACCCUCUACAAACAAAAGGAUGACAACGGUAUUCACACCUUUUAUUACCUGCCUUGUUGGCCAAUUUUAAUUUAAUUUAUCAUCUUUUAUUUAUCAGCUUCUUUUGAGUAGAUUGUUUUGUUUAUCAGCUUCUUUUGUGUAGAUUGUUUUGUUUAUCAGCUUCUUUUGUGUAGAUUGUUUUAUUUAUCAGCUUCUUUUGUGUAGAUUGUUUUAUCAGCUUCUUUUGUGUAGAUUGUUUUGUUUAUCAGCUUCUUUUGUGUAGAUUGUUUUGUUUAUCAGCUUCUUUUGUGUAGAUUGUUUUGUUUAUCAGCUUCUUUUGUGUAGAUUGUUUUAUUUAUCAGCUUCUUUUGUGUAGAUUGUUUUGUUUAUCAGCUUCUUUUGUGUAGAUUGUUUAGUUUAUCAGCUUCUUUUGUGUAGAUGGUUUUGUUUAUCAGCUUCUUUUGUGUAGAUUGUUUUGUUUAUCAGCUUCUUUUGUGUAGAUGGUUUUGUUUAUCAGCUUCUUUUGUGUAGAUGGUUUUGCUCCCCAUUAUUUCCUGUAUAUCAGCUAUUUAUUAUAAUUUAUUAUUAUUUGUUUCGCUUGUCAUUCUUGCUUAGGUUACCCUCUUAAUCUCUGGAAUCUGUAUUUGCUAUGGUCUCUAUUAACCAUUUCUCUAUUUCCUAUGGUCUUUUUUAACCAUUUCUCUAUUUCCUACAGUCUCUAUUAACCAUUUCUCUAUUUCCUAUGGUCUUUUUUAACCAUUUCUCUAUUUCCUACAGUCUCUAUUAACCAUUUCUCUAUUUCCUAUGGUCUUUAUUAACCAUAGUCUCUAUUUCUAUGGUCUAUUAAUCAUAGUGUCUAUUUCCUAUGGUCUCUAUUAACCGUAGUCUCUAUUUCCUACAGUCUCUAUUAACCAUAGUCUCUAUUUCCUAUGGUCUUUAUUAACCAUAGUCUCUAUUUCCUAUGGUCUCUAUUAAUCAUAGUGUCUAUUUCCUAUGGUCUCUAUUAACCGUAGUCUCUAUUUCCUACAGUCUCUAUUAACCAUAGUCUCUAUUUCCUAUGGUCUCUAUUAACCAUAGUCUCUAUUUCCUAUGGUCUCUAUUAACCAUAGUCUCUAUUUCCUAUGGUCUCUAUUAACCAUAGUCUCUAUUUCCUACAGUCUCUAUUAACCAUAGUCUCUAUUUCCUACAGUCUCUAUUAACCAUAGUCUCUAUUUCCUACAGUCGCUAUUAACCACAGUCUCUAUUUCCUAUGUUCUCUAUUAACCAUAGUCUCUAUUUCCUACAGUCGCUAUUAACCAUAGUCUCUAUUUCCUACAGUCGCUAUUAACCAUAGUCUCUAUUUCCUACAGUCUAUUAACCAUUUCUCCAUUGCCUGUGGUCUCUAUUAACCAUAGUCUCUAUUUCCUACAGUCGCUAUUAACCACAGUCUCUAUUUCCUACGGUCUCUAUUAACCAUAGUCUCUAUUUCCUACAGUCGCUAUUAACCAUAGUCUCUAUUUCUUACAAUCUAUAUUAACCAUUUCCCUAUGGCCUGUAGUUUCUACUAACCAUUUCUUUAUUGGCUAUGGUCUGCGUCAGCUUACACUGCGUAAGGUUUAUUUAUAUUUUACAAAUGUCCAAGCCUUGUAUUAUUUUGAUACGUACCCCCUGCCCCCCCCCCCCUUUUCUGUUGUUUGGUCAAAACUAACAUGUUCCUUUUGUCUUGACCCCCUCUCCAUUCACCUUCUUUUCUGCUGCAACCCCUCUGAUCGCAACCCGCCUGGUUUUGUCAGCUGUUUUGUCAGUGUCUAACCCGAAGUAUCGUGACAGCAGUGAGGUGGAGAGUGACAGCACCACCUCCGGUGAUAUUGUGUUCGGGGAUGAGAACCCGCCUCCAUUUGUGGCUGGGCUCAACAAGAGUAAGGAUAAGUUGAUCAUUUUAGCAGGAUAAGUUGAUCAUUUUAGCAGGAUAAGUUGAUCAUUUUAGCAGGAUAAGUUGAUCAUUUUAGCAGGAUAAGUUGAUCAUUUUAGCAGGAUAAGUUGAUCAUUUUAGCAGGAUAAGUUGAUCAUUUUAGCAGGAUAAGUUGAUCAUUUUAGCAGGAUAAGUUGAUCAUUUUAGCAGGAUAAGUUGAUCAUUUUAGCAGGAUGAGUUGAUCAUAUUAGCAAGAUAAGUUGAUCAUUUUAGCAGGAUAGGUUGAUCAUUAUAACAGAAUAAGUUGAUCAUUUUAGAAAAAUAAGUUGAUCAUUUUAGUAGGAUAAGUUGACCAUUUUAGCAGGAUAAGUUGAUCAUUUUAGCAGGAUAAGUUGAUCAUUUUAGCAGAAUGAGUUGAUCAUUUUAGCAGAAUGAGUUGAUCAUUUUAGCAGGAUAAGUUGAUCAUUUUAGCAGGAUAAGUUCAUAAUUUUAGCAGGAUAAGUUGAUCAUUUUAGCAGGAUAAGUUGAUCAUUUUAGCAGGAUAAGUUGAUCAUUUUAGCAGGAUAAGUUGAUCAUUUUAGCAGAAUGAGUUGAUCAUUUUAGGAGGUUAAGAUGAAUUGAAUAACAAAGACAAGACAUGUUAAAGAUGACAUGUUAAAGAUGAUGUGUUAAAGAUGACAUAUACUCAUAAUAAGUUAAACUAGAUUGAUAAGGAAAAAAAAACAGUUAAAAGAAUCAGUUGGAUAGAUCCAUUUGGAUUGAACCAUUUGGACAGAACCAGUUUGAUAUAACAAGUUGAACAGAUUAAUUUUGGUAUUAUCAUUUUAGACUAGAUAUAAAAUGUUUAAAGUUCAUCUAAAUUAAAAUUUGUUUGGAAAGCUUUAAUGGGACUAUAAAUAGAUUAUUUCUUAUUUACAUAUUGUUUUUAAAAUGGCUUCAUACAGUAUAAAAUAAGAUAGUAUUUCUUUUAAAAAAUUUUAACGAUAUUUUUAAAAAAAAACUCUCAGGUACCAGUAAUGAAUACAUACUCUAAGUCUAAGCAAUGACCAUAUCUAAUCAAAUAUUUUGGAUUAGUGUUUUAUUCCUGUAAAACCAUUCUCAAAUCUUUUCUUAAAGCACCCCCGUUAAUUCACAGCAUAGCACCUUGAGGUAUGACUCCAAUAGCACUGACGUUCAUCCCUCCUAAUUUUGGAUCAUAAGAAAGGACUUAACGUAACAAAAUUAAAAUGUUUAGAUUGAUGGAAUAACUGCAGUAGGGAAUGCUAGAUAAGAACAAGGAUAGACUGCUAAAUAAUACCAGAACUGUUCAGACAGAACAUAAGAAAAGAUUCUGAAAGAAUACCACAUGAACUGUUUAAAUUGCUCAAAAGAUCAAUUUUGGACAGGUCCAUACUUAUUUAAUUUUUUCAAAGAAAAUGACAGUGAGUCCACAAUGAGACAAGCUACUUAAUAAUUGCAUUUUCUCCUUUCAAAAUUAAAAUAAAGAAAUUUAUAUAUAAAAAAGAACAAAUGAAAUUGACGGUCUACCACCAUAAUGCAUGGACUAAAAGUCUUGUAUAGAAUCUGGAUGUAAAUAUUUUAGAAUGAAAUUAAUUUAUGCAAACAACUUAGGAUAUGUUUAUCCCACAACUUCUGUUUCUUAGGAAAGUGUAUUUAAUGUUAUACCAUUUAUUUCAGAGCUAGAUGCAAUGUAUUUACUUAAGCUCACAAUGAGAUUACAAGAGUCAAAUAGGCAUAGAUUUAGAUGGCCUGAUGGCCAAGAAUAGUCAAAUAAGCAUAGAUUUAGAUGGUCGGAUGGCCAAGAAUAGUCAAAUAAGCAUAGAUUUAGAGGGCCUAAUGGCCAAAAAUAGUUUUUUUAAAAAAGGAUAGAUUUAGAUGACCUAAAGGCCAAGAAUAGUCAAAUAAGCAUAGAUUUACAUGGCGUCAUGGCCAAUAAUAGUAAAAUAAGCCUAGAUUUAGAUGGCCUGAUGGCCAAGAAUAAUAAAAAAGGCAUAGAUUUAGAGGGCCUGAUGGCCAAGGAAGUUUUUGUCAUUGUUUUCUCAUCCUAUCAUUGACAUAUUUGCUUUCUCAACCUGUCAAUGACGUAUUGUUUUCUCAACCUGUCAAUGACGUAUUGUAUUGAUCAAUCAUACAAAAUCACAAUCUGGCCAUGGAAAACUUGGCUGAUAUUUUUUUUUUUUUGUUGUUGUUUGCAGGCCUUGACCUUGAAAGCUCUGAUGAAUCCUCACACGAUGUGGAUGAUGACUCGACCGGUCCGAGUGGUGCCGGCAGUAGUACGGACGGAGAUCGCUUCACCACUUCUUGGGAAGACAUGAGCAGACUGGACCCCAACCUGCUGCUCUACAAGGCCAGCGGGGCUCGGAAUCUGCCCGUCAUGCUGGAGGCUCUGUCCAACAAGGCCGAUCCCAACUGGGUCAACCUGGAGGAGGAUGGGAAAACACCCAUCAUGAGGGCCGUGCAGACGGUAAGUGACGGGAUGGGUGGGGAAAUAUCAGAAUGAUGUUUGUGAUCAAAUGUAUUUAUUAUGGGUUUAAGGCCAGGGGACGGGUGGGGGGGAGGGAUCUACACCAGGUUGAUGUUUAAUUAUAUCAAGAGAUCACCGAGACUUGGCCACGUAUCCAUCAAGUAGAAGCUUAAACUAUAAUUAAUUUUAUGAAUUUGUUUCCAUGGAUAUAUUUUCCAGCAAUUAGCAAGAAUGAUGGCAUUGGGGAGAAUGUUGGCAUUGGUGAGAAUGUUGGCAUUGGUGAGAAUGUUGGCAUUGGUAUGAUGGCAGACGUGAAAAUGUUAGUAGGUCAAAUGUUGGUAGUGGUGAGAAUGUUGGCAUUGGUGAGAAUGUUGGCAUUGGUGAGAAUGUUGGCAUUGGUGAGAAUGUUGGCAUUGGUAUGAUGGCAGAAGUGAGAAUGUUAAUCGUAGUGCAAAUUUUGGUAGUGGUGAGAAUGUUGGUAGUAAUGAGAAUGAUGGCAUUAGUGAGUAUCAUGGUAGAAGUGAGAAUGUUGGGUGUAGUGAAAAUGUUGUAGCUGUAGUAGUAAGAAUGUUGGCAGUUGAAGUAUGGUUGUCUCCAUUAGUUGUUAUUUCACUCUCUCCUCAUGUCAAGGGUUCCCUGGCCGCCUGUGAGUUCCUGUUGCUGAACAAUGCAAAACUUGACCGUAAGGAUAAACAUGGAAGAACACCUCUACACCAUGCUACAAUACUGGGGCAUACAGGGUAUGUACUAAGUAAUAUGUGUAUUUGCACACACAGAGUACAUGCUAAGUGAUAUGUGUACUGGCACACACAGGGUAUGUACUAAGUGAUAUGUGUACUGUGACACAGGGUAUGUUCUAAGAUAUAUGUGUAAUGGGACACAGGGUAUGUACUAAGUGAAAUGUAUACAUAAUCUAUCUGAAUCUCUGUCUCUCCAUAUCUGUCAAUCCCUUAUAUACAUAUAGCGUAAGACGCUUCCAAAAAAGAAUUAUGACGUGUUGUUUACAUUUCUUGGGUUAUCGAGAAGAUUCGACAAGAUACCAGGAGACAUACUACCCAAUGUGUAAUUGGCAGUGGUUGUAAACAAGAUACAUCAAAGAGAAUUUAAACCACACCCACACAAACACUACCGUCUGCUAGGGAUCUAAUUUAGGUCAAGCAAAGUUCACGCACGGGGAAUGUGUGCUACAUAACACUCCCUUUCACCAGCAUUGUGACAAGUCUUUGGAAGAUUUAAUUUAACAACAAUUAAAAAAUGAUUUCUCAAACAAUAAUAGUUUUAUUCCCCACAUAUUCUAAUAAUGGUCAUUUCUUUUAUUGCAUUAAAUGAACACUUAACUUCAUGUCUCAAGUUUUAUGUUAAGAUGUACUCAGAACACAUAUUUCUUAUGAUGCUUUAAAAAAAUUUUAUAAAAAUAAUUUCAGUAUUCCAGACCUGUUUUAAUCUUACGAUUUUGGCAUACAAUGUAUGAUUUUAAGGUGUAAACAUAUACAUACUGCAUGUUAAUUAUUUUUCUAUUAAGAUAAUGUUUUGAACGAUUUUGUGAUGAUAUUGUACGAUUUUAAGAGUUUGAGGGUAAACAGGUCUGGUGUUCAUCCCCAAAGCCUCCAACACUGACAUUCCAAUAUCCAUUUUUGUUGCAGUCAAGUUUGCCAGUUUUUAAAGAGGAGAGCUGACCAAAAUGCCAAAGACAAUCAAGGAAAGGUAACCUUUCCCCACAAUUACCAACAUUCUGCUUAGGUCAACCUGAGGUUCUAGAGUCCAUUGGUCUAAGAGGUACAAGGGGUGUCUCUUUGUCUAUCUGUCUGAACUGUUGCUUCCUUACAUCCCCACAAGACAACUACGCUCUUCAAUUGACAAUAGAACCCUCUCAAUCCCAAGAACUAAAACUAAGACCAUCGGAGAACGCUCCUUCUACUUCCAUUCGCCCACGUUCUGGAACCAGCUCCCCUUCCACAUUCGUCAUUGUGAAACCUCGUCCACUUUCAAAAAGUCCCUUAAAACCCAUCUGUUUAGGUCCGCCUAUGACCUGUGAUGCACCCUCCUUGCCCUGCCUCAUUUUCUGUCUCGGGUUGAUCCUGUAUUUAAGUAUAUGCCAAAACGUGCCAAGUGUACUUGUUUUUAUAGCCAUUUUAAUGUUUUAGCUACUGUUUUUAUAGUAAUUUUUCACAUUGUAUUUAGUAUUCUCGUGUCUCUGGUUUUUCAUUUUUAUUUUACUUUAGCAGUUUAAAUAGUUUACAAAUUUUUAAUAAUUGUAAAGCGCUUAGAGCUGUAGGGUAAGCGCUAUGCAAAAAUGCCUAAAUAAUAAUAAUAAUAAUCUCUGGACCUUACUCUGGGCAAGGCUUUACUCUGGGCAAGGGUUCACUCUGAGCAAGGCUUUACUCUGGGCAAGGCUUUACUCUGGGCAAGGGUUUACUCUUUAUUCUUUACUUGAAGAAGAGAGUACCUUUGUAACUAUACCUGUAUCCUUCUUUUACAGACACCACUGAUGAUUGCUGUAGAGAACGCCAACGCUGACAUAGUGACACUGUAAGUAUGACCUGAAGCUGUGUGCGAUAAUCAUCCUCUAAUCUAAUACACAUCACUUUAUAUCCUGAUCUCAGCUGCCCCUCCACCCACACACACCCCCCCCCCCCCCCCCCCCCCCCCCCAACAUAGUGACACUGUAAGUAUGACCUGAAGCUGUGUGCGAUAAUCAUCCUCUAAUCUAAUACACAUCACUUUAUAUCCUGAUCUCAGCUGCCCCUCCACCCACACACCCCCCCCCCCCCCUAAUCGCUCCUAGUUUCCUCUGACUGUGCGCCUGAUCAAUAAAUUUGAAGCUGCUGAAUAAAACCUUGAGUUGAAAUUAUAGUAAACCAAUAUGUUAACGCUUGCAUUGAGAUAGCCCAACAGGGAGAAUAUGGUGCCCAGGGCCUCAAACAGCUCCCGAUACAGCCCAUUGGUGUUGUACUCGGGAACGAAUCGCCUGACCAUUGCCGAAAUGGAUGCUGGGAAAUUGGUGGCUAUGAAUAUGGCGGACACGACCUUGACCAACUGCAAAUCUCUGCUGGUCAGCCGGGGAGAGAUGGUAACUGCUGGGAGAGAUGGUAACUGCUGGGGGAGAUGAUAACUGUUGUGAGAAAUGGUAACUGCUAGGAUUGGAACUCUUGUGUUAGAGGUUGCCUCUGAUGCUGUAUCCGUUGUUUGGGACCAAGAGGUUGGAUCAAUAUGCUGGUGGUCUGGACUUUUAGGACCCAGGUUUUUGGUGGUCGUUUUCUUGGCCCGACUGACGGUGUGCAUUUCCCUGGCCCGACUGACCACAUGAGCUUGUCUGAAACGAGCAGAAGACAUGAUUGUCGCAGUGAGGAUCGCCAAAGAUGAGAGAGUCAGGAUAUUUGCUGCCCAGGUGAAGAUGUUACGGUUGAUGAUAUCGUUGACAACCAGAGCCGCCGGUCUGCCCUGUGUGAAAUACAAGGUCAAGAGGGUUUGAUUGGUCCUGGCAUCAUUCUGCCGGGUCAGAUACUGACUUGUCAACAUGGGCAAACGGAAAGCUACAAUGGUGAAAAAAAGGGCAAAACUUGUGUUAACUGUGGUUGACCUUGUAAAGAUGGCCUUGAACCUCAACGGGAUGGCAACGCAGCAAGCUCUGACCACUGCCAUGUAGGCGGUCAUCAGCAUGGAGGUGUCCAAGAAGACGAGACUGUACCAGAAGCUGAGGUAGGCGAUAUCCAUCAGUUUGAACAUUCCCGGGACAAUGUCCAGUGAUUGAUCUAUUAUUAGAAAAAUUGUGAUCUCAAAGCUGAUAAGCAGGUAACUGAAAUCGAAAAUUGCCCUGAUGAAAAGAGAGACAGUGACGCCGUCUGUGAGACCCAUGGUGUAAAAUGUCAACAUGAUAAAUAUGUUAGCGGCAAGUCCAAAUGUCAGAGUGAGAGGGUAGAAGCCAUACACAAACACUCUGUAAUAGGUCAACAGCAUGUCUUCAUGUAGGGGCAUGGCGGUUUGGUUCAAGCUGGCAUUGGUGGACAUUGUACGUGCUAGAACUUCCAAAUAUAGGACAGGUUUAUUGGUUAUAACACAUCAGAUCUGUACUCUAGAACUUCCACAUCAAGGACAGGUUUAUUGGUCAUAAAACAUCAGAUCUGCACUCUAGAACUUCCACAUAUAGGACAUGUUUAUUGGUCAUAACACGUCAGAUCUUUACCCUAGAACUUCCACAUAUUGGACAGGUUUAUUGGUUACUGUAUCGAUGUGUGUAAAAAGAAAUGUUUUAGACAAUUAAAUUUGGCCAAAAAUUGUGUACAAAGGCAUGCUGCACUGGUAACUGAAGUUCAGCCAAAAAUUGUUGUGUACAAUUCAAGUGGUGUCUUGCUGUAGUGUCUUGAUGAAGUGUCUUGAUGUAUUGUAUUUCUUUGAACCUUGUCAUACUUGAAGCCCUCACUUAAAUCAACCCAGCUGAGCCUCACUUCCAGCCACACUCACAUUCCUUCUAUGCUGUGUGUGUCAUCAUGAGAGUGUGUAUAUGUGUGAUCAUGAGAGUGUGUAUGUGUGUCAUCAUGAGAGCGUGUAUGUGUGUGCUCAUGAGAGUGUAUAUGUUUGUGCACUAACUUUGAAGCCAUCUCACCCAACAGCUGGAGCAAGGCCGCAUAAUUUAAGACAUUUACCAUUAUCUACUUUUGGUGGAUUCAUUUUUUCCCCCAAACUGUAAAUUGUUGAAAUCAUUGUCUUCACAAUGUGACCCAACAACAAAAAAGUUAAUCAACCCUUGCACACCACAUAAGUUUGCUACGAACUGCAUAACAAUUUACUUGGUAUAGUCAGCCAGCCCCCACAGAUUUGUUUUCAUUUUUUUAUGCACAAUAAUUUGGAUAAUUCCACAUACAGUAGAACUACUGGUGGGGGGGGGGGGGGGGGGCAGAGUGCCCACAAUGCAUCCUUUGAGUGUGACUGAAAAAUUAAUUGGUUAGUUGGUCUACGCCAAUCAAUGAUUUUGUAAAAUGAUAAUGAAUGCCUGGCCUGUACUACAUACUUUGGCCAUACUUUGUCUCGGCUGUAUCAUCUGACAAGCGGCAGGCUUCUGUUUUCUUUGUACCCGGACUUAAAUGUUCUCAAAUCUUUUGUUUGACUUAAAACCAAUGCUGGCCACAGUACAAAAUUAUUUAAUAAGUCUGAGGUCAAGAUCUAACACAAAACAGUCAAAUAGAUUUGUAUUGCAAUACAUUUUUUGUUGUUGGAAAAUACAAAAAACAAAAUUGCCCCCUUUUGAAAUAAAUAGAUUUCCUAUAGUUAUCUCAGAUAGGUAAGAUAGUGUCAUCGUCCGUCUCUUACACCCCCCCCCAACACGGUUGCAGGGGAGGGGGGGGGGCAAUAUUUUAUCCACCCACUGUCACAACAAAUUCUGCUGUUGGUCAGAAACCGCCCAAUAGUAUAAUAUAAAUGAUCAAUUAUGGACACUUCAAUUAAAUGAUGGUCUUAGUGAUGUGAGUCAUGGUUGUAGUGAUGUGAAUGAUGGUAGUAGCGAUGUGAAUGAUGGUAGUAGCGAUGUGAAUGAUGGUGGUAGUGAUGUGAAUGAUGGUGGUAGUGAUGUGAAUGAUGGUGGUAGAGAUGUGAAUGAUGGUGGUAGUGAUGGGAAUGAUGGUGGUAGUGAUGUGAAUGAUGGUGGCAGUGAUGUGAAUGCUGGUGGUAGUGAUGUGAAUGAUGGUGGUAGUGAUGUGAAUGAUGGUGGUAGUGAUGGGAAUGAUGGUGGUAGUGAUGUGAAUGAUGGUGGUAGUGAUGUGAAUGCUGGUGGUAGUGAUGUGAAUGAUGGUGGUAGUCAUGUGAAUGAUGGUGGUAGUCAUGUGAAUGAUGGUGGUAGUCAUGUGAAUGGUGGUUCUUGUCAUGUGAACGGUGGUGGUAGUCAUGUGAAUGGUGGUGGUAGUCAUGUGAAUGGUGGUUCUUGUCAUGUGAAUGGUGGUUCUUGUCAUGUGAAUGGUGGUUCUUGUCAUGUGAAUGGUGGUUCUUGUCAUGUGAAUGGUUGUGGUAGUCAUGUGAAUGGUGGUUCUUGUCAUGUGAAUGGUGGUUCUUGUCAUGUGAAUGGUGGUGGUAGUCAUGUGAAUGGUGGUGGUAGUCAUGUGAAUGGUGGUUCUUGUCAUGUGAAUGAUGGUGGUAGUCAUGUUAAUGGUGGUGGUAAUGAUGUGAAUGAUGGUGGUCGGCAUGUGAAUGAUGGCAAUGAAGGCAUCAGCUGCAUGAUAAAUCCAUGUUUUCUGUUUCAGACUCAGGUUGGCUAAGUUAAAUGAUGAGAUGAAAGAGUCUGAUGGUUACCUGGGGAAUCCAGGUGAGUCGUAUUUUGAUGACAUUUAUUGAUUAGAUCUAUUGUUACUUUUAGUGUCAAACUGUCCAUGUGGGCACCCUUAGAGUGUCCAUUAAGAUUUCAUUGACACAAUGUCCAUAUGGGUUCAUUGACACAAUGUCCAUAUGGGUUCAUUGACAAAAUGUCCAUGUGAGUUCAUUGCGUCAUGUAAUUUGUGUAAGUAUUGUCAUGUAAUUUGUGUGAAUAUUGCCAUGUUAUUUUUGUCUAUAUUGUCAUUUUAUUCGUGUCUAUAUUGCCGUGUUAUUUGCGUCUAAUUUGUCAAGUUAUUUAUUUACAUAUUAUGUUAUUUGUGUAAAUAUUGUCAUAUUAUGUGUGUCUAUAUUGUCAUAUUAUGUGUGUCUAUAUUGUCAUGUUAUUUGUGUCAAUAUUGUCAUGUUAUUUGUGUCUAUAUUGUCAUGUUAUUUCUGUAAAUAUUGUCAUGUUGUUUGAGUCUAUAUCGUCAUGUUAUUUUUGUAUAUAUAGUGUCAUGUUAUUUGAGUUGUUUUGUUGUCAUACAACAGGGUAAUAGUUCAACCACUGGUCAAUGUGAUCUUGGAUAGUUAUUGAAAUUUUAUUUAUUCUAUCGUCUGUGCCAAUCAUCUUGCUGUCCUAUUAAGUAAAAUGAGUUCCACUAAAAUUAAUCCAUUUUGUUGAGAAGUUUCAAUGCCAUUUUAGAACUCUACGAACACAACACGAACACAACACGUGCAUAAUUCAUUCACAGAGUAAUGGAAACAUUAUGGUGGUUCAAAGUUUGAUUUCAGUUCACUCUGGUAUCCCCUCAUAGAAUUUUUUUUUUAAAAUUGUUUAAUAUUAAACUAGGUCAGUCUUCAAGAACAGAAUGAUUCCCCUCAAAUGAUUUCAUGUCUUUCUCUCUCGUUUGCUCUCUCUCUCUCCCCCAAUCUCUCUUUCUCUCUCUCUCACUGUCACACUCUCUCUCACUGUCACACUCUCUCUCACUGUCACACUCUCUCUCUCACUCUCCUCUCGCUCCCUCUCUCUCACUCUGUUGCACUCUCUCUCUCACUUUCUCUCUAUCUCUCACUCGUUAUCCCUCUCUUUCUAUCACUUUCUCAUUCUCUUACUCUCUCACCCUCAUUCUGGCUGUCUCCCACUCUCUGUCUCUCCCUCUCUUCUCACCCUCUCUUUUUCUCACUCUCUCUUACUCUCACUCAUUCUUUCUAUCUCUUUAUCUCUCACUCUCUCUACACUAUCUGCCUCUUACUCAUGAUAUUAUCAUCUGUGACAUUUCAUUGUAAUACAAUCCUUCUACACUAUCUGCCUCUUUCUCAUGAUAUUAUCAUCUGUGACAUUUCAUUGUAAUACAAUCCUUCUACACUAUCUGUCUCUUGCUCAUGAUAUUAUCAUCUGUGACAUUUCAUUGUAAUACAAUUCUUCUACACUAUCUGUCUCUUGCUCAUGAUAUCAUCUGUGACAUUUCAUUGUAAUACAAUUCUUCUACACUAUAUGUCUCUUGCUCAUGAUAUUAUCAUCUGUGACAUUUCAUUGUAAUACAAAUCUUGUGAAAACUGUUCACUAGGGAUAUUUUGAUGUGUUCAAUUAUUCACAGAAAGGAAGGUCUUAUGUAAUGACAACAAUUUUAUUAUUAGCAGGUGCCCAUACUCCUAAAGUAUCAGGUUAUAUUCCUUCUCAGCAAUACUUGUAUUGCCCAUACUCCUAUAGUAUCAGGUCACAUUUCUUCUCAGCAUUACUAGUAUGGACCAUACUCCUAUAGUAUCAGAUCACAUUUCUUCUCAGUAUUACUUCGAUUAAGCUGUUUGAAGGGGAACUAUUUAGGGAGUGGUGUGGAAAAAAAACUUUAAAAAAAACACAUUUCCCCAUGUCAUGGUCCAAUAUUUUGACCACAUUAUUGACUGUUUUAUUGACGUCAAAAACUCGGUAAUUCUUGAACAGCAUGUGCUGUGUAUUGAGUGUAAAUGGCUGAAUAGAACAGAUUUGUGAAUUAGUUUCAUCCCUUCAAAAUUUCCUUUGUAAUUUUUAUCUGUCUUUAUGUCUGUCUUUAUGUCUGUCGUUAUGUCUGUCUUUAUGUCUGUCUUUAUGUCUGUCUUUAUGUCUGUCUUUAUGUCUGUCUUUAUGUCUGUCUUUAUGUCUGUCUUUAUGUCUGUCUUUAUGUCUGUCUUUAUGUCUGUCUUUGUUGGUUUGUUGUUGUAUGUUGUUGUUGUAUGUUGUAUCUCAGCCUUUGAUCUUAACAAGUCCCUCAUUAUGGGCUGAGGGGAUAUGGGGGUGGACUGGUGUAGUGUAAUUUCAGCACUCUUGGAUGGCUGCAAUUUCCUGAGGAAAGCAAUCUGCUGUCUUGGGUUGAUUGGGGAUUGUUUGCUUGCUUGACUCUCGACACCACGUGUUUGCCUUGAGACUUAUGGAAAGCGCACUUUCGCAUUUGCUGGUCCAACAAUUUGGAACGCCCUUCCUGUCGAUCUUAGAAACAACCAGACACUGGAGUCCUUUAAAACCGAUCUAAAGACACAUCUAUUUCGCAAAUACCUUCUGGGAUGAUUGUCUACCUUCUUUUCCAUGUGUUGCUGUGUUGCUCCGGGUUGAAAUGGCUAGAAAGACUUUGAUAUUGUAUGCUUGUAAUUAGUUUUUGUAGUGUUGCGUUUGUUUUAAAUGUGGUGAAUUAUAGAUAUUUUUUGUUGACUUUGUACCGCGCUUCGAGCCUUUGGGGAUGAAGCGUGUUUUUGAAAUGAACUUUAUUAUUAUUAUUAUUAUGUCAUUACAUGCCAUUAAAGUCAUUACAUGCCAUAGCUCCAAGAUUUUAUCAUAAAGAAAGAAAGUAACGUGUUGUCAAGUGCAUGGCCAGGUAAAUCAGAAUGGACUCAAAUCCAACUAGGACCAAAACAAAUUUGUAUCCUAUGUGCGAGGAAACUUUCCAAGCAGAAAUAAAACUGGCAGGCCACCUGCGUACUUACCGUUGAAUAUAGCCUUGGUCAUCUUCGCAUGUGAAGGGUGAAUAACAGCAACAUGGCUUUCAUAUUUCUCUGAACAAACCAUUAUGAAUUAAUUUGAUCCAUGGCUAGUACAUCAAAUCUUUCUGUAUUCUCUUAUUUUAGUUUAGGCUUAAUGAGUAGUGGUCCUACUAUACAAACCUUUCUAUAUUCUCUUAUUUCAGUGUGACUUCAUGGCUAGUGGUCCUACUAUACAAACCUUUCGAUAUUCUCUUAUUACAGUGUGUUCAUGGCCAGUGGUCCUACUAUACAAACCUUUCUGUAUUCUCUUAUUUCAGUGUGAGUUCAUGGCUAGUGGUCCUACUACACAAACCUUUCUGUAUUCUCUUAUUUCAGUGUGACUUCAUGGCUAGUGGUCCUACUAUACAAACCUUUCUAUAUUCUCUUAUUUCAGUGUGACUUCAUGGCUAGUGGUCCUACUAUACAAACCUUUCUAUAUUCUCUUAUUUCAGUGUGAAUUCAUGGCUAGUGGUCCUACUAUACAAACCUUUCUGUAUUCUCUAAAUUAUGCCAACAGAUGAUACAAUUUUUCUAUCUUCUCUAAUUUUUUGUUGCAGGUGAUGAAACUUUUCAAGAUGUUUUCCGAGACUUUACAAACAUGGCCUCUAACAACCCUGAAAAGUUGAAACGGAAACAGUAACUCCACGCCAACCAUCACGACACCCACCACGUCAACCACCACGCCAACCACCACGCCAACCACCACGCCAACCAUCACGACUUUGUUCUUUGAAAAGAACAGAACUUUUUUUUUCCCUCGAGCUGAUCUAAUGUGUAGAACUGUGUGUGUGAGGUCCAUCACGUAGUCAACAGUGAUGUCCAUCACACAGUCAAUGUCCACUGUCAAUAGCAACAGUUUGUAGUCAUCAAAGGUGCUGCAUGAUAAAACGAGACCUUACAUGGGGUCAUGUGUCCUUAACAUGGUGUCAUGUGUCCUUAACAUGGGUGUCAUGUGUCCUUAGCUAAAGUGCUCUUUCUUAUUGUAAUAUCUUCUGAUAUUUUCUUCCGUCAUUGACCUCUUUCAUUAGUGAGUGGGGGUCAGUCGGUCACUAGUGAGUGGGGGUCAGUUGGUCACUAGUGAGUGGGGGGUCAGUCGGUCACUAGUGAGUGGGG